AUGUUCCGAUUCCUUCUCCCUUUGGCUCUAGUCCUUUGUGGUAAGUUUUUCGUUUUGGAAAAUAACACUUAAAAUUCUAAGCAGAGAAGGAGAGAAAUACUGUCCUAUGCUGAGAUAAUUUUAAAACAUAACUUUUAAUAAUAGAAUAGAUAAAAAUAAAUAAUAAUAAUAAUUAUAGAAAGUGUAGACAAAAAAAAUGCUUUCAAAAAUGUAAAUGUGUGAUAAGGGAAUUUAGAAGAGAUAAUAUAUGAAACUUAAAGAGUAUUAAACCAAUAGACAAAAUGUCCUUAGACAGAAUGUCUGUGUAGACAGACCUAAGGAAAGAUAUAUAUAUAUAUAUAUAUAUAUAUAUAUAUAUCUUUACUAUGAAUUCUAAAGUCUCAUUAGAUAGUACGGUCUACACAUGUGCAAGGGCUAUAUAACGUAACUUAUUAAUGUUGCAAUAAAGUAUACAAUUGCUGUAGCAGCAUGAGGAGCAUAAAUACAACUAGUCCAAAUCCAAUUAUUAAUUAGCAACAGUUAUGUUAGUGCCAUGAUCAAAAAUGCUGGAGAUUGUAAAAUCUAUUAGUACUAGUUGGCGUUACAAGUAGGAUUCCAGAGUGAAUCUAUUAAAUUAAUGUAACUUUGAUCUGUGCCUUCAAGGGCACCUUUCUGUAUUAUCGGCUACUGAGCUGACUUCCUAACUGAAAAUUCUAUUUAGUGCUAGCAUGCAUGAAAUUUAACAUCCAGAAUUUAUUCUAAUGGAUGUGUGAAGUUCAACUGUGCCUUCGAGGGCACCUAUCCAAAUAAGUAACUGCUCAACUAGCUUGCUAACAUAAGAACCCCCUGCAAGACACAACACUGCGUCAAUUUAAUGGCAAAUUUUUGUCUGCAGUGUAUCACUGCGCUGUAUCAGUGCUCGCCGUGGUUUUGCAGAUGGCUAAAUCAGUCCGAAGCCACAAGCCACCCGAAGUGUUAAAUAGAUUAUUGAAGAGAAUCCCAAAACUUUCUAUUAAUCAAAACAAGAGUGGUCUAAGAAUUUAAUCGAGAGGCUGAGUCUCAAGCCCCGACGCACGUUUCUCCGGUAAGCGGCUCUUCAAAUUUUACUGAAAAUUCUUAGAAUAUUCUCACAACUCAGCGUGUAGAAUUCUGUUAGAAUUCAAAGAAGGUAAUCUGAAUUCUGUACUAAAAGUAGAAUUAACAGUAUUGUAAAAACAAAAAAAAAACACUUAAAGAUGCUUCAAACUAUUUAAAAUUGUUAACCUGAAGAAUUAUCAAAGUAUUAUGAGAAGAUAUAUUGAAUUCAUUUUAUUAAUACAUAACUAGAAGGAAUAUAUUAUUUUAUUUACAUUUUUAUUACCUUUAUUUCACUUUUAAAGUAUGUCCUGGAGUGUAGACAGGACUGGACUUGCCCACUGGGAUACCAGGGAAUUUCCCAGUGGACCGGCAUACCUUUAGAGCCGGUGCACCGGCCUUAGGGGUGCAUUUGCCGGGUGACAGGUAGGCAUGAAGCCCACAGCACAGUGUGCUCCCUUCCUAAUAGUCACUUCAUGUAGCAUGACUGAGCAGAUCUUCUGUAUCCUCUACCCGGUCUGACAGGAAGUGCUCAUUGAGAGCGCAUUCUUUCAAACUGGGUAGAGGAUACACAAGAUCCUCUUUCUCAGUCUGCUCAGCCACGCUACAGGAUAAGUGAGCAGACAUAGGGGGGAGAAAUUAGACACAUGAAUGAGCUGGGGUAAUACAUGAAGGGGCUGGGUAGGAAAUUAGACACAUGGAGGGGCAGGGAAGGGAAUGACACAUAGAGGGUCUGGAGAAAAUGAGACACAUGGAGGGGAUGGGGGAAAUAAGACACACAGGGGAGCUGGGGGGGAAAUAAGACACUUAGAGGGGUUGGGGGUGAUAAGACACAUGGAGGUGCUGGGAAAGACAGAGACACACAGGGGCUGGAAAAAAAGAGACACACAUAUUGGCAGAGAGAGCCACACAAAGAGAUUUGGGGGGAGUAAGAGACAGGCUGGGGAAGAAAGAAACACACAAAAUUAAUUUUGGGGAGAAAGAAACACACAGAAGGGCUGGGAAAUGUGAAAAAGAGACACACAGAGGGGCUGAGGAAGGGAAACAAGAGGGCCUGUGGGGAAAGAAAAAUACAGAAGUGCUCAUGUGGAAGAAAGAGACACAUAAGGGCUUGGAAAGGGUCAAAAUAAGAAGACAAAUAGGAUGGGGGAUGGGGGACAGAGGCACACAGAGGGCUGGUGAAGGGGAGAAGGAGACAAUGUGACUGGAGCUAAAAUACUCACCAAAGAGGCUUGGGUUAGUGGAAGGAAGACACACAAAAGGUGAUGGAGGGAAGAGACAGUAACGGGAGUCAAACCCCGACAUGCAGGAAAAAGGUAACCCACAAAAGGUGGAUCUGAAAGACGUAUUUCCAAGCCUUAGAAUGGCCGAACUUAACGUAUUGAUAUAGCGAGAAUCAUGGUCAAGAAAAAAUCAAAGUCAGGGAUACAGAAAUACACAAAGUCAAAACAAAGCUGGGUCAGGAUACCAGAAAAUGUACGCGUUAAAUAUCAAGCUGGGUUAGGAUACCAGAGAUCACAAGUUAAAUAUGAAGCUGAGGUCAGGAUACCAGAAAUCACAAGUCAAAUAUGAAGCUGAGGUCAGGAUACCAGAAAUCACAAGGGAAUCUCUAGGAGCAUUAAGCAAGGAUCUAAAAAGACACCACUAUAUGGUAAUAAAUGGGGGCUAAAACAAGCCUUAAAUAGGUUUAUCUAUGUUCUGAUAGGUCCAUGUCAUCAUUGUGACUCAAAAUAGAUUAGGCGGAUGAUGUGCUCACUUUAAGAACAGGAGAGACGUCAUGCCUACACCUCAGGGCCAUACUGCUUACAAUGGACCAGAUACUGGAGAUUACCCCUUAGGAACCUAGAGUCAAGGAUAGCAACAUCCUCAUACUACUCAACCUCCUCAACUGAUACAGGAGGUUGAGAAGUGUGAGGUCCAGUAAAUCGAUUACAGAUCACAGAGGUUUUAACAGGGAGGUAUAGAAGGCAUGAGGUAUACUUAUGGAAUGAGACAAUUCUAGAGCAUACAAUACAGGAUUCACUUUGCGCAAGAUGAGGAAAGGACCAAUGAAACGAGGAGCGAACAUAAUGGAGGGCACACGAAGACUGAUAUUUUGGGUAGAAAGCCAAACGCUAUCCCCCACCACAUAGGAAGUAACUACACAACAAUGCCUAUCUGCCUGUGUUUCUGAGCAGCAUUAGCCAAUAGCUUUCGAACCUGUUCCCAAGUACUACGUAAACCAGCCAUGUGCUCAUCCAGAGUUGGCAUCCCCUGUGAGAAGAAUGCAGUCAGGAGAAAAACAGGAUGCCCGUCAUAGACUACGUAAAAAGGGCUAAAACCCGAGGAUUCAUGAGCAGCAUUAAUGCGAGCAACCUCAGCCCAAGGAAGCAGGUCAACCCAAUUAUCUUGGUGAUGAGAAACAAAACAACGUAGAUACUGCUCAAGAGACUGGUUUGGCACGUUCGGCAGCUUCAUUAGUCUGAGGAUGGUAAGUGGAGGAAAAGGACAAUUCAAUACCCAUCUCCGACCAAAAGGUCCUCCAGAAGCGAGAAAGAAAUUGAGUACCUCUGACAGAUACUAUUUGUUCUGGUAUGCCAUGUAGACGGAAUAACUCCCUGAAGAAAAUCCUAGCUAAUUCAGCUGAGAUGGGGAGUUUCCUCAGGGCUAUGAAAUGUGCCAUCUUGAAAAACCUAUCUACGACCAUAAGUAUGACAGUACGUCUGUUAGAAGGGGGAAGUUCUACUAUAAAAUCAAUAGACAAAUUGGACCAGGGCUUAGUGGGUUGGGUUAAAGGUAUGAGCAAUCCACAUGGUCUUUCGUGUCCUUCUCUACAGAAGGCCACCAGAAGUCACGAGCUACAAGGUUUGUGGUCUUGAUUAUUCCAGGAUGCCCGGUGGGUUUGCUGUCAUGACAUUAAGACAUAACUUUAUUGUCUGACAGUAGGUGUAACAAACAAUUUAUCGCUAGACAUGUCUUCAGGGGACUCAGAUUGAGUAGAUAUGAUGUGUCUUAACAGUGAAGAGGAGACGGAAAGAACUGUUGAAGCUACAAUUCUUUCUAGGGGAAUGAUAUAACACUCCUUGGUUCUCUCCUCUUCACUCACAUCAAACUGCCUGGACAAAGCAUCGGCUUUGGUAUUGCGUAGUCCAGGUCUAUCAGUAAUUAUAAAAUUAAAUCUGGACAGAAAGAGAGACAAUCUAGAAUGCCUGGAAUUCAAUUGUUUCACCUCUCCAAAGUACAGAAGGUUCUUAUGAUCCAUUAGCACCGUGAUGAGAUCUUUUGAGCCUUCUAGGAGAUGUCUCCACUCCUUCGAGGCUACGAUAAUGGCCAAUAGUUCUCUAUUGCCAAUAGCAUAGUUCUGUUUCACCUGUGAGAGUUUCCUAGAGAAGAAACCACAUGGGUGCAAAGUUGGUCAGGGGACAAGCGCUGGGAAAGAAUAGCUCCUACUUCUACCUCAGAAGCAUCUACUUCUAAUACAAAAGGAAGGGUCAGGAUGUCUGAGGAUAACAGUGGAAACAAAAGCUCUCUUCAGGCUCUCCAUUGCCUCGUGGGGCCAAGCAUACUGAUUGGCAGUCUUCUUAGUGAGGUUCGUUAUAGGGGCUAUAAUGAUAGAGAAGUUUUUUUUUUUCAAUUUGACAAUAUUUAUUUUGUCAUAAAAUAAACACAGAUAAGGUACAGAAGAAAAAGGGAGGGAGGGAUAAAAAAAUGUAGACUUGUUACAUACAUGCUUCAUAAUUUUGUAUCAGAACAGAUAUACAACACUGCAAUGUUCAAUAUAGUGCAUAACCAAUAAUGACACAUAUAUCAUAGCGUCCUAGGUUUGAGCAGGAAUAGGGUGUGCUACAUGGACUGUGUGGGUCUAUAAGGUCUCUAGCGGCCAAGCUUUAAGUAAAUCGUCUGGCAUUUACUCUCAUGCAUCUACCUUAUAUCUGUAGUAUAUCUGUUGUGUAGCAGGGUUACUCCCUGUCCCAUUAGGUGAUAUUAGAUGGAUUACCAUGUUGGAGUCGUAGGGGCUAUAGAGAAUAGUGUCUUAUGUCAUAUCAAUCACUGUGUCUGUUAGCAUUAGAUGAUUUGUUCAGGUAUAAGGACAUUGCAUGUUUGGCAGCUCGUCUGUGAGUUCGUCUCACCAAGAGUGGCUCAACCAAGGUGAACAGGAGAGGGAAGGGAAAGGGAUGAAAGAUAACAGUGAAAGGCGGGGGAAGGCGGGGAGGGGACAACCAGCCUAAAAAGGUCUGCAGAACCCUUCAAUUACUUAUAAUAAGGCAGCUCCUCAGUUCGAGAGUCAUUGUGGAUCAUGUCAUACAUCCAAAGUUUUUUGUCUUUGUCUGGAUGUGUUAGCAUGUAAAAACUUUUUUUUUAACAGGUAAAACCAUAUAUAUUAGGGUACAUUAGCAGUUUGUCUGAGAUCAUCAAUAUUGAAGAUGUCAAGUGAGUGGGCAGAAAAUUCUUUAAAGAAACCAACGGGAGUGCCCAGACUUUCAUACUUGUUACUAUUGCAUAUGCUUGGGAAAAUCAACCUACCUGUUUGGAGCACCCUGGUGGGAGUUUUUCCCAGAUAUUUAACCUCUUUCAGAAUACCUUUACUCAUCAACAGUUAUAUCAUUAUCCAAUAGCUUGCACAUAGUAAGUUUUUAAGGUUGUAAUUUUCAAGAUUUCAAAAUAAUUCAUAUUCAUAUAUUUAUAAUAAAGUUACCUUGUUAUCAACAAGAGUACAGAGAGUUGUCAUUAAUGGUACAUUUUCAAGCUGGACAAAUGUGGUGUCCAUUAGAGUUCUGUUAGGGGACCGCUUCUAUUAAACAUAUUUAUAAAUGAUCUUGCAAUAAACAUUGAAAGUCAUGUUUUGUUGCUUGCAGAUGAAAAGAGAUGUGAGAGAGUCUGAACUUGAUGGGCAUGUGUCUGUUUUUAACUAUGUUACUAUAAAUAUGUGCAUUUGUUUUAAAUACAUGUACACAAACAUGUAUUCCUGACCACAUAGUUAAAAACAAUGUCUAGUCCCCCUGCCACCUCUAAAUAUAGUAAAAUCCUAUAUAUAUUCCAGUCUGCUGGUGCUGGCUCUGUCUCUGAUCUGCCACUUUGGCUGACAAUCAGAAGUGAUGAUCUCAGGCAAUCACAAGGUGUUCCUAUAGGAAAGCAUUGGAUUGGCUGAGAUUGUCAAGUAGGUAGAUUAGGGGCAGAGCUAGUACAAGCCAAACACAUCCCUGGCCAAUCACCUUCUCCUUAUAGGUAUGCAUUGAAUGAGGAAAGUUCAGUGUCUCUAUGCAGAGGUUGGAGACACUGAAUCUCAGUGCUGCACACUGUGCAGCACUGCCCCAGGAAGCACCUCUAGUAGCAAUCUGAGGAGUGGCCAGUGGAUAUAUCACUAUGCUGUAAUGUAAACACUGAAAAGACAGUGUUUAUUGCAAAAAGCCAGCAGGGACUGACUAUACUCACCAGAGCAACUACAUUAAGCUGUAGUUGUUCUAGUGUCCCUUUAAUUAUUUUGGUUGCUGUUGGGGCAUCAUCACUAGUAUAAGUCUCAAGUACCAUUGAUUUAAAUGCAUUUAAAGUAAUAUUUCCCAAAUCAUUCAAUUCCCAUAGGACAUUGUGCUGAUGACAUCCAGUUUUUGGAGGAUAUAAAUCCCUGGAUGUUUGGAGGAACUGAUGCAGCCAAAAAUGCAUGGCCCUGGCAGGUAAACGUUAAUUCCCAAGUAAAAUGGAUUUUAUAAAAAAACAAAAACCUGAUAUAUUGUAUUUAAAAAGUGGAAAUUCUUAUUUCAGCACACUCUACAGGAUCCACUGCUAAUAUUUAAUAUGUAAUAAUAACAAUAAUAAUAUGUAAUAAUAAUACAUGCUUUAUUGUAAUUUAGAAUUUAUAUUAAAUAUUGACUUCUAUCUAGCUAAUUUACUUAAUUAUCUCAAUUACUUAAUUUAUUCAUUUAAUAGACAAUUGAAGUGACUUGAGAUUCCAGGUUGAAAAUGUAGGUUAAAUUGGAUACUUUUUUCAGUGUAGAUUAUUUGGGCACAAAACAUUGAGUUCCCUUUCACUUUGUUACAAUCACUGUCUAGUAAAAGAGCCUUCACUCUGAAAUAAACACAGUUACACUAAACUCUGACUUUUUACUAAUUAGUCAGAAAAUGUCAAAUUGCCUAAAAAUAAGUGUCCAUGAGGCUUGAAACGCAUUAGCAUCCUCUGGUGAUCCCCCCAUAUCAUAGCUUUAUGAUAAUUAUAAAUGUAUUUGCUCUUUUUCAUCAGGUUUCACUCCAGUAUCAGUCUGGCAACAGCUAUCAUCACACCUGUGGAGGUUCUCUGAUUCGUCCUAACCGUGUCCUGACCACUGCUCACUGUGUAGACGUGUAUGUAUACAGUCCAAAUCCAUAAAUCAAUUCAUACACUAUUGCUGGUUCAUAAAUUAUAUAUUACAAUUCAAUACUAUAUUAACAUACAAUAAUCACUUCAGGAACACAAUUAGUUUUUUCUUUGAAAUAUUAAUGUAUCCCCUCAACAUGCAUCUUUAUUUCUUUUACAUCACAAAUUAAGAAUAUUAAAACUGUAAUGCAGUUAAAGGGAAACUCCAGUGCCAGGAAAACAAUCAAUUUUCCUGGCACUGCAGGUAACCCUCUCCCUCCCACCUCCCAUCCUUGGUUGCUGAAGUGGUGAAAAUCCAUUCAGUAACUUACCAGAGGCAGCGACGAUGUCCCACGUUGCUGCUUAUUCCUCUGCCGCCGCUCCUCCCAGUGAUUGCGUCGGCCAGUGGGCGAGACUGAUCCCGCCCACUGGCCAGAGAGACCUAAUGCUCAUGCGCGGCAAUGCCGUGCAUGCACAUUAGAGCUCCCCAUAGAAAAUCAUUGAAAGUGCUUUUAAAUGCUUUCCUAUGGGGAAAUGAGCGACGCUGGAGGUCCUCACACAGCCAUAAUGAAGGCAAAGCAUGAGGGAUGAUGAAAGUAGUCUACUCCUGUUCUAGGGUAUUGAAGUCAGACAUAGACUUUAUGCUUUUAUCACAUUAUAGUUGUAAUGUAGUGAUGCCAUGCUCAGCUGUAAUACCCUUAUACCUUUAGUGCACAAAUUCAUCCUUUGGAGCAGCCUUACCUUAAAGGGACAUUGUAGUCACCCAGACCACUUCAGCCUUUUGAAGUGGUCUGGGUGCCAACUCCCAUCACCCUUAACCCUGCAAGUGUAAUUAUUGUAGUUUUCAUAAACUGCAAUAUUUACAUUGCAGGGUUAAGUCCUGCUCUACUGGCUGUCUACCAGACAGCCACUAGAGGGACUUCUGGCUUCUUUGACAACUUUUGGUCGUCUAAACGGCACUGGAUGUCCUAACACCUCCAGCGUCAGACAGUGUUUGAAAACUGACUGUCAGUGUCUAUGGUCUUCCUUGCUAUUCUGCAGUUAGCAUAGGCAUGCGCUCAUGAUGUGCCGGGUGUACCCAGACACACCCUAAUGCACCCAAGAAGCAAGACCAGCCUUUCACCUAUUUAUUUAUUUUAACAUCAGUUUGAUCAAUACUAUGUAUAUUAUUUAAUGUUGUGGGUGAAGAAAAGUGAUACAGCUGCGCACCAUACAAUGCUGCUGUUACCAUUGGUGGUAUAGUGGUGAUAUUACCAUUGCUGCUGUUACAAUUGGUGGUAUAGUGGUGGUAUUACCAUUGCGGCUGCUUACCAUUGCUGGUAUAGUGGCGGUAUUACCAUUGCUGCUACUUUCUAUUGGUGGUAUAAUGGUGGUAUUACCAUUGCUGCUGCUUUCUACUGGUGGUAUAGUGGUGAUAUUACCAUUGCUGCUGUUACCAUUGAUGGUAUAGUGGUGGUAUUACCAUUGCUGCUGCUUACCAUUGCUGGUAUAGUGGUGGUAUUACCAUUGCUGCUACUUUCUAUUGGUGGUAUAGUGGUGGUUUACCAUUGCUGCUGCUUACCAUUUCUGGUAUAGUGGUGGUAUUACCAUUGCUGCUACUUUCUAUCUGGGGUAUAGUGGUGGUAUUACCAUUGGUGGUAUUACCAUUGCUGCUACUUUCUAUUGGGGGUAUAGUGGUGGUUUACCAUUGCUGGUAUAGUGGUGGUAUUACCAUUGUUGCUGCUUACUAUUGGUGGUUUAGUGGUGGUAUUUCCAUUGCUGCUGCUUACCAUUGGUGGUAUAGUGCAGCAUUAGAGGUCUUCACCGAGCAGAGCUUGUAAGUGAGCAGGAGGCUGUACCAUUACAUCCCCUCGACUUACCAACAGGCAAUGCUCAGUAAAUGCCACAGACAGCAGGCAUAUGGGGAGAUACAUUGCCUAUCUAUAAUGCAUCUCUCACCAGACCACCAGGGAUUAGGAUUUUCCCUCCAUGGUCAGAUAAGUCUUAUGGGAUGGGGAAUAAACAUUAUUUAGGUUUAUUUAUUUAUUUACACACUCUAUUCCCAUCAUCAUUAAUCCCAGCUAGUGGUGGAACCAGGGUCUGCACAAUCAUGGACAUACCAUCAAGUGGCCCAUGCACUUGGGGCCAUCCGAUGGGUUUUGCCAAACAGAGGACUGGUCGGCACAGCAACCCUUUAAGAGCGUGACCGGGUCCCUGUAGUUUUGACCAGCUGAGAGGAAGUUAGAGGCAGAGACUUCUUCCCAUAUCAUACAGAGAGCCAUGUAGGAGGGAGGAGGUGGCAGCACAGGCAGCUGGAGGAAGAGAAGGAGGGGUGAGCUGCUGCAGACCCCACACUUACUCACAUCAGUCUCAGCUUGCAGGAUGCCAAGCAAGCCACCCUCCUGGACACAAAAGAUAUGCUAACAGGGUGGCUGCAAAUAUUAAAAUUAUUUACUUUUAUGUGUGUGUGUGUGUGUGUGUGUAUGUGUAUAUGUAUGUCAGAGUGUGUGUGUGUGUGUGUGUGUGUGUGUGUCUAUAUGUCAAGGUGUGUGUAUGUAUAUAUCAAUGUGUGUAUCUGUCUAAAAUUGUAAAUGUGUUUGUGUGUGUGUGUCAGUGUGCGUGUCUGUGCAUCUGUGUGUCAAGAUGUGUGUAUCUAUCUGACAGGGUGUGUGCAUGUGUCUGUGUGUGCAUGUGUCAGGGUGUUUGUGUGUAUGUGCAAAUGUGUGUCAGGGAGUGCAUCUGUGUGUCAGGGUGUGUAUCUGUGUGAGUAUCUGUGUGUCAUUAUGUGCAUCUCUGUGUGUGUGUGUGUGUGUGUGUGUGUGUGUGUGUGUGUGCCAGGGUGUGGGUGUGUAGAUGUGUCAGGGUGUGUGCAUAUGUGUGUUAGGGUGUGCGUCUGUAUAGAGGUGUGUGUGCGUCUGUGUAGGUGUGUGUAGCUGUGUAUGUGAGUGCAUGUCAGUGUGGAUAUGAAUGUGUGUGUAUGUGUCAGUGUGUUUAUAUGUAUGUAUGUAUCUGUGUGUAAAUGUGUAUGUACAUCUGUGUAAGAAUGUAUGUGGCAGUGUAUGUGCAUGAAUCCAAGCAAUCAAACACAACCAACACAACAUGCAUGCACACACCUGCAAUCUAACACAAAUAUUAUAUUCAAACACAGCCCUGCAUUCAAACAUCAAAAUUAUAAACAAUCACAUCCCUUCAUUCUAACUCCAACACACCCCUGUACUAAAACACUAAAAUUAUAUACAAACAUCUCUUCAUUCAAACAUCAACAUAUAACACAAAAGCACACUUGCAUUUAAAAGCCAACACCACAUACAAACACACUUCUGCAUUCAAUCUCAAACACUACACACAAGUACAUCACUGCAUUCCAAUGGAAAGGGUGCAUACAAAUACACCCUUACAUGCACACACAUACUUCACACAAAAACAUUCUUACAUUCAAACGCACAAACGCUUCUCACAAAUACAACCCUGGAUUGGCAAAUAGUAGAUCCCCAGCUAGCAUAGCAUCGCUGGAGUUCUCCAACAGAUAGAUAUCUACCUUUUGGACUCUUUUGCACUUGAGGGGGCUCCAAAAAAAACAGGAACCUCUCUGCAUUAGGUGAGCCAUUGCUCCCGGCAAUCCCUCCAUCUCUCUUUCUUCAUCACACCAACUCAUCCAUUCUUCGCUGCAACCUCCUAUCACUCCCAACUAUUCCUUCCAACCCCUCUCCUAUCACUCCCACACCUAAUUUCCUCUCCCAAUUUUUACGAUUCACAUCCCAGCUUCCACACUCAUAGCACACUCAUCUGCCCACAUGGCAACACACAUCACACACAACAACAUUUAAUUUUUUUACAUUUUUUUGUCCCACAUAUACAGCUCUCGCACCUAUCGUGUUGUUAUGGGAAACCACAACUUAAGCACAAAUGAAGCCACUGAACAGGCAAUCUCUGUGUCCAAAAUUGUGAAACACGAGAAGUGGAACAAUGCAGCAGACGGGUAAGAUGUUUGAAUAGUCCAAAUAUUAAACUCAAAAUUGGGCGAACAGCAAAGAAACAAUCUAAGAUAUUGAAAAGUUGACAAGAAUAAAAGGGAGGGUGACUAAGACCAUGGGUUAGUCUGAAGUAUUUGGAUGGGUAUGAUCAGCUUCCAUAGAGGGGGCAAGAGAAUAUAUAUAUAUAUAUAUAUAUAUAUAUAUAUAUACAUAUAUAUAUAUACAUACAUACCAAAAGAGUUGUGGAAAAUCCCCGCCAACUCUAUUGGUAUGUACUUUACAAGUAACACCAAGCCUCCAUAGCAAGCCAGUAACCAACCUCAUGCUGAUGAGUUGCAUUAACAACUAAGUGGUUCACUGGCUUUGCUCCUCUUCCUGAGUUGUGUUUCAAAGCUGUAGUAUACAGCAGACACAUACUCCAAAGAAUCCAUGUAUAAAGUGGAAUUGUGAGGCAAAAAUGUGGUUCUUUGUUGAGCUAAUUUGCAUACGCCUACCCAGAAUCCCCUGCAGUAGUGAGAGCACUGUUAAAGUGAGAUUUUUAUGGGAAAAGCAAGUCUUAUGGCUUGACUGGUGUUUGUAUUUUUGUUUAGCAAUGUAUUAACUAUAUAUCUAUUUAUAAGUUCCAUAGCGCUGUACAGACACGUAAUUGUAACCAGACAAAUGGACGCACAGGAACAGAGGGCUUUAGGGCCCCGCUCAAUGAGCUUACAUGCUAGAGGAAGUGGGGUAUAAUGACACAAAAGGUAUAAGUAGGGGUAUUGAAACAGAUUGCUAGAAAAGUAUUCACUGAGAACUUUGGUUAUUUUUCACAGUUGCGGGAGAGGAGUCAUGGGGGGGUAUGAAAAUCCGCUAACAAUUUAAAUUAUAUGCUUUCCUGGAGAAGUGUGUUUUCAAAGAUUUUUUGAAGGAGUGGAGACUGGGUGAAAGUCUAACGGAGAUAGGAAGGGAGUUCCACAGAAAAGGUGCAGUCCUGGUGAAGUCUUGGGGCGAGCAUCAAAUGUGGGAGUAUGGACAGAGGAUAGACAUAGGUCUUUGGCAGAGCACAGGGGCCUCGACAGGACAUACUUGUGUAUUAGGGAGGAUAGGUAGGUUGGAGCAGCAUUAUGUACGGACUUGUAAGCAAACACCAGAAUCUUCAAUUGAGCCCUAUAUCUAACUGCAAGCCAAUGUAGAGACUGACAGAGGGGGGAGGCGUGGGAGGUUCGGGCGGACAGGAAAAUGAGCCUCACCGCUGCAUUCAUUAUAGAGUGGUAAGACCACUGAGAAGGGGAUUGCAGUGGACAAUGCAAGAAAGAACAAUGGCAUGGACACGCAUAUUAGUUGCGUCUGGUGUAAAAUAGGGGCGGAUGUGUGCUAUGUUUCUGAGAUUGAAGCGGCGCAUCUUGGUGAAUAAAAAUGCUUUAUGUGAGCUCCACAUAUCUUGAUUGAAAAUAGUGAUUUUCUGGUGGGACUCUCACCUCAAGGUAUACCAAAUCGAAUACUCACCUGUUCCAGUGUGUCGGGGAGCUCUAGUGAGCAAGUUUGAAACCUCAGUUUACAACCUGUGUUCAGGAAUUGCUGUGCGGCCUACGCACCUUAGGUGCUCCGUGGAAGGGAGAGGUGACCAAUCUCCCGGGCUGGAACUGCCGGCGCUAGCAACAACUGCAGCUACUGCCCCCCCGUGGACCGACUAUGGAUAUCCCGGUCCCCACUAGGCUCAGCUACUUCAAGUCCAGCUGCAAAGAGGUUCAUUAUCCUGACACAGCAAGCACACGUGGUAUAGUUAAGAUGGCCACCACAUCGACCCCUUGCUCGAAUGGGAACUCAGGUUUCUGGCAGCAUUUGAUGCAGUGUGCACGGCCUUCUGGAAGUGGAUAGAAUCCCGUCAUGAACACCAAUUACUCACCUCGCCCGUGAAUGCUGUGAUUCCCGGUGGCGUCUCGGCGACCCGCUCGUCUUCUUGGCCAUUAGCCAAGAUGGACAGUGUACCCUUAAGCCAUCCACUGCCUCAUGAGACAACUUGCAAAAUGGAAGUCCCUCAGGAUAUCGACCCUACCGCAGGAACUGAGGGGUCUCCGGGUCUCCAAACAUCGGCUCCUAAGCAGGCCAGGCUUUGUGAAGCGGAGAAGUAGGAGCAAACCCGUCUUACUCAUCAUGGCCUGGGAGACAACCCAAAGUGGAUGAGUGGCAGUGAAAGCACCAUAAGGCAAUAUACAGCACAAAGUGUAGCAACUGAAGUGAGUCUGUGGCAUUGGCUAAAGCAUGGACGAUAACUACAAUUCAGAAUUAAUGUUUUAGCCCCCCCUUUUUUCUUGUCUACUUUUUAAUAUCUUAGAUGCAAUAAAAGUUAGGGUCUCCUUUUGUUUCUUUAUCGUUCUUCCUCCCUGGGACCCUCCUUCUGUUUUGGAGGGACCCUGCUCUUGUUUUAUAUAGUUGAAAAAGGAAGGGUUACCCCCUAUUAAAGGGAGUAUGGAAGCAGGUGACCUUGUGCCAACCAUCCACCUCCUUUUUUCCGGGCUGUGGGACGUUUUCCCCAUUCGAUUUUCUUUCUACUUCUCAGUUUAAAACACAAAGUUGCACAUAUUACAAAACUAACAACACAGCAAAUGGGUGAGUUUUGGAAUAAUCAAAUGAAAAUGGAAGUCUAUAAAUUGUCCCACAAAUGCAUUUAAAAAUAAUGAAAAAGAAACAUGGCCAUUGUGAUAAAAUUAUCUGAUACUGAACUGAAAACAAAUAUUUUUGUAGAUUUUGCAGAACAUAUAUACUCAAAAUUGUACUUGAAAAUUGCCUGUGUUAUAUAUUUACAUUUAGAGUAUUGCCACUGUCAGUGUACAGUAUAUGACAUGAAAUAAGGUAUAUAGGGCAAACAGAGUUGAAAUGAUAUCUUGAUUCAACAUUAAAGUAGGGGGUUAUCUGAAAUAGGGAGGGGGCUGGGUAGCAUUCCAGGGACAGGGGGACAUCAUGAUCCUAGGGGUAGGGGGUAUGUGAAAUCGGGGACUUGGACAAUUCAGGGGUAAUGGGCUACAAAAAGAUGGUAGGAGACCGCGCCCCAGAAAUAUAUAAGAAAUAUAUAUAAAUAUAUACAUACACAAUUCUUUUGAUAGUUGUACAUACAGUUGACCUAAAAAAAAAAUACAAAAAUUAUACAAUAGUGCAGUACAGUAUAGUUGGUGAAGAGUGGUGAGAUAAUCUUAUGUGAUAGCACUCCCAUUUGUUAGAGCUAAUUUAGAGCUCAGCUGUAAUACGCGUGGACGGAAUAAUCCCCAUCUAAGGAAGUGUGUAGAUGUAGACGUCUCUGAUGUCUCAAAUAGGAUGCAGUAUGCAGGACAUAUAUAUAUAUAUAAAAAUGGGCUGUCUGAGGGACAAUUCUAGUAUAAGGAAGCAUCUGAUAUCUUGUCUAAUAUGGUAGUGGGGUAUUCUAGGGGUAAUAGGCUGUCUAGAUGGAGGGUGAAAUGGGGGGCAUCAUGUCAGUGUCUUGAGGUAUCCAGGUCAGAUCAUUCUAGGCAAAUGGUAGUGGAUAGCUAGGGGGUUGUUAUGUAAGUUUGGGAGAACAAUGUUAGUGGGGGUCACUCUGGAGAUAUUGGAGUGUUUGGUUAGAUGCUGAGGGUUGUAGAGGCACUCUAAUGGGGAUAUUGUGAAUGGCAGUGCAUUGGUUGUUGGUAAGAUUGCACUCAUAGUAUGAGGCAGUGAUCAGGCAGUGAUGCACCCAGUAAAGGCAUUGAGCUAAUUGAUAUGAGGCCUUUUGUUUGGAUAAGUACAUAUGUGCAGUGGGUUUCUGAAUAUUUUGAUAUAGAUGUUGGGGAGGACUAUCUGCAGACUUGGGAAUUUGUAAGUAAAUAAUUAAAUGUUCGCAGUUCAGCUUAUGUUUUACUGUGGUUUGGAUAAAUGUAAUUUAUAUACAGUUUCAGGGUAUUAUUUCCUGUUAGAAUUAUAAUAUAAGAUAGUGACUGUGGGAUCCUGGAAGGCAGUGGAAGAUGACUUUUUUUCUGGAUGGGAAAAUAUGCUGAGGGAAAGUAAGUUGGGUGGGUUACUGCAGAAUAGCUGCUCACCAGAGGGCUUGGCUAAGUUAGUUUGCAGUGUGGGGUCUGUUUAAGGUUGUGGAACCAUUUUGUUGACAUCCUGGGGUGUGAAUUUGGAAAUACAAUGACUUGAGUGGAGUCAAACCUGAUAGGGGAUAAUGGCAGAGAGAUUCCAUUGACGCAAUAUCCAGCGCUCCUCUCUUGGCGGUCAAUUCAUGUAUAGAAACAUAGAAUGUGACGGCAGAUAAGAACAAUUUGGACCAUCUAGUCUGCCCAAAAUUUCAAAAUACUUUUAAUUAGCCUUAUCUUAUAGUUAGGAUGGCGUUAUGCCUAUCCCACGCAUGCUUGAACUCCUUUACUGUGUUAACCUCUACCACUUCAGCUGGAAGGCUAUUCCAUUCAUCCACUACCCUCUCAGUAAAGUAAUACUUCCUGAUAUUAUUUUUAAACUUUUGCCCCUCUAAUUUAAGACUAUGUCCUCUUGUUGUGGUAGUUUUUCUUCUUUUAAAUAUGGUCUCCUCCUUUACUGUGUUGAUUCCCUUUAUGUACUUAAAUGUUUCUAUCAUAUCCCCCCCGUCUCGUCUUUCCUCCAAGCUAUACAUAUUAAGAUCCUUUAACCUUUCCUGGUAAGUUUUAUCCUGCAAUCCAUGAACCAGUUUAGUAGCCCUUCUCUGAACUCUCUCUAAAGUAUCAAUAUCCUUCUGGAGAUACGGUCUCCAGUACUGCGUACAAUAAUCCAAGUGAGGUCUCACCAGUGUUCUGUACAAUGGCAUGAGUACUUCCCUCUUUUUACUGCUAAUACCUCUUCCUAUACAACCAAGCAUUCUACUAGCAUUUCCUGCUGCUCUAUUACAUUGUCUGCCUACCUUUAAGAGCUUAUAAUCACCCCUAAAUCCCUUUCCUCAGAUGUUCAGGUUAGGACUCUAUCAAAUAUUCUGUACUCUGCCCUUGGGUUUUUACCUCCAAGAUGUAUUAUCUUGCACUUAUCCACAUUAAAUGUCAGUUGCCACAACUCUGACCAUUUUUCUAGUUUACCUAAAUCAUUUGCCCUUUGGUGCCUCCCUCCUGGAACAUCAACCCUGUUACAUAUCUUAGUAUCAUCAGCAAAAAGACAUACCUUACAAUCAAGACCUUCUGCAAUAUCACUAAUAAAAAUAUUAAAGAGAAUGGGUCCAAUUACAGAUCCCUGAGGUACCCCACUGGUGACAAGCCCAAGCUUUGAAUAUACUCCAUUGACUACAACCCUCUGUUGCCUGUCACUCAGUCACUGCCUUACCCAUUCAACAAUAUUGGAAUCCAAACUUAAAGAUUGCAGUUUAUUGAUAAGCCUUCUAUGUGCAACAGUGUCAAAAGCCUUACUGAAAUCUUGGUAAGCAAUGUCUACUGCACCACCCUGAUCUAUUAUUUUAGUUACCCAAUCAAAAAAAUCAAUAAGAUUAGUUUGGCAUGAUCUCCCUGAAGUAAACCCAUUGUCACGACAUUGAUCCCUACACGCAGAGUGUAAUUAGAAAGUGACGUCUACCGGACCUUAGAAUGGCCGGACUCAAAAUGCCAAAGAGUGGUCGAAGGAAUAGCCAAGAGUCAAGGGAGUACGGAAAGCAGGCACAUGAGAAUAACCAAGCCAAAAUCAGGAAACCAGAGAGUAGAAUAGUCAGAGGAAAAAUCAAAAGUCAAAUACCAGUAAAUACAAAUAAAUGUUCUCAAGAGCACUAAAGGGAACUAGCAAGAACAACAAUAGGGCGCUGAACAAUUGAAAAGGGUGCCUUUUUAUAGUGUGGUUCCUUUAGCUUUAAAUCCAUGCCCCCAAAAGGUCCGGGGGUGUGGUAAUGUCCGAGUACCCGUGGGAAAAUUAUGCUGACGUCGGCGUGCAUGCACCGCGUCAUAAGAAGAGGCGUAUCUGGAGCGUCCAGUGUCCGAGAAACUGUGCCGCCUCCCGGAAGCAAGAAGAGAGGACACCGCGCUGCGCGGGUCCGGAGAGAAAAGGUAAGGUAUCGUUACACCCAUGUUGUCUCUGAUCUUGAAAUCCAUGUGUUUUUAGAUGUUCAACAAUCCUAUCCUUUAACAUGGUUUCCAUUACUUUCCCCACUACUGAAGUAAGGCUUACUGGCAUAUAGUUGCCCGACUCCUCCCUACUACCUUUCUUGUGAAUGGGCACCACAUUCGCUAACUUCCAAUCUUCUGGGACUACUCCUGUUAACAAUGAUUGGUUAAAUAAAUCUGUUAAUGGUUUUGUUAGUACACCACUAAGCUCUUUUAAUAACUUUGGGUGUAUUUCAUCAGGUCCCAUUGACUUAUUUGUCUUUACUUUUGACAGUUGAAAUAGAACAUCUUCCUCUGUAAACUCACAUGUAAUAAAUGACUCAUUUGUCCUUUUUUACUAACUGAGGUCCCUCUCCUUCAUUUUCAUCCGUAAAUACCGAACAAAAAUAUUAAUUGAGGCAGUCAGCUAGACCUUUAUCCUCUUCUACAUACCUUCCUUCUUUUGUUUUUAAUCUAACUAAUCCUUGUUUUACUUUCCUUUUCUCAUUUAUGUAUCUAAAAAAUGUUUUGUCGCCUUUUUUUACUGACUGUGCUAUUUUCUCUUCUGUGUGAGAUUUGGAAGCUCUUAUAACUUGCUUAGCCUCUUUCUGUCUAAUCUUAUAGAUCAUUCAGUCUUCAUCACUCUGUUUUUUUUAUAAUUACUAAAUGCUAACUUUUAUUUUUUUUACUAUUUUGGCCACAUCUGCGGAGUACCACAGUGGUUUCUUGAAUUUUUUGCUUUUACUGACAAGCCGAAUGCAAUUUUUUGUUGCCUUCAGCAGUGCAACUUUUAAAUAAUCCAAUUUCUCUUGGACUCCAUUUAAAUUGCUCCAGUCUGAUAAUGACUCCUUUACACAUAUUCUAAUUUUAGAAAAGUCUGUUUUUUUAAAGUCUAAAACUUUUGUUUUUGUGUGGUGUGACUCAGUCACUGUUCUUAUAUUAAACCACACUGACUGAUGAUCACUGGAUCCUAAAUUUUCACCUACAGUAAUAUCUGAUAUCAAAUCUCCAUUUGUUAACACUAAAUCUAGAAUGGCCUCAUUACGAGUUGGCUCCUCAAUGACUUGUUUUAGAGACAAUCCCAGUAGGGAGUUUAGAAUAUGUGUGCUCCUGGCACAAGCAGCUAUUUUGGUUUUCCAAUUCACAUCAGGAAGAUUAAAGUCACCCAUGAUGAUAACUUCCCCUUCAUUGUCAUUUUAGUUAUUUCCUCAACUAGUAGAUUAUCUAACUCUUCUAUUUGUCCUGGGGGCCUAUAAAUCACACCUACACAAGUUACCUAGUGAUUACCAAAUUCUAACAUAACCAAAAUGGACUCUAUGUUCUCCUCACUAACUGCGAGCAUUUGUAGACAUGACUCUAAGCUUAUCAUUUUUUAACACACUUGCUACAGGCACCUCCUGUCCUUGUUUUGGGGGGCAAUUGGAUUAAUGUUUUAUCACCCUUUUGCCACCCCCCCUCCUAGUUUCAAUACAUCCUAGCAAAACCUCUGAACUGCUCACUGAGAACAUUUGUUCCCUUUUGAGAAAGAUGCGAACCAUCUUUUUUGUAUAGUUUAUUUCCAUUCCAAACAGAGCUACCAUGAGAGAUAAAGCCAAAUCCUUGCUCCCGACACCAUGCACCAAGCCACAAGUUAAAGUCCCUAAUACACAUCAUUUUGAGUGUUAUGCACAGGCAGAACUUCAAAGAAUAACAGUGUGGAAGGAACCUGCCGUAGAUCAUUGGCAAAAACACUAAAACUUCCUUAACCUCAGAAACCUCAAUGCAAGCAAAGUAAUUUGUCCCUAGAUGGACAAGUACAUCCAAUUCCCCUUCCUGCUUUGCUUGCUUAACAAUAUUACAAAUACGUCUCCUGUCUCUGUGAGCAGUAGCUCCGGGAAGACAUCUCACAAGACCACCAUUGUCCAUCUCCACACGUCUUAUGAUGGAAUCCCCCAACAACAACUGCUUUCUAUUAUGCCUCACCAUAGUCUCCAAGCCUGUCUCCACAACACCACUACCCUCAGUGCAUGAGUCUGUCUCCACAACACCACUACCCUUAGUGCCUGAGCCUGUCUACACAACACCACUACCCUCAGUGCCUGAGCCUUUCUCCACAACACCACUACCCUCAGUGCCUGAGCCUGUCUCCAUAACACCACUACACUUGGUGCCUGAGCCUUUCUCCACAACACCACUACCCUCAGUACCUGAGCCUGUCUCCACAACACCACUACCCUCAGUGCCUGAGCCUUUCUCCACAACACCACUACCAUCAGUGCCUGAGCCUGUCUCCAUAACACCACUACACCUGGUGCCUGAGAAUGUCUCCAUAACACCAUUACACUCUGAAAGUGCAGAAAAUGAAUUGUGUAGAGCAACAGACUGUGCAAUAUGCCUUUUAUCCACAACUCUAAGUCUACCGGAUCCUACAGUAAUACAUCUGCCAUUCCUAGUAUGUCUCUGUGGCAGUGGCUUUGCAGCAGUUCCAGCCUGAGUUUGUUUACCGGAUAAUUUACAAAUCUCAGACUUCAAAAAUACAAUCUCCUGCUGCAAUAUAGAGAAUUGUCUACAGAUUAGACAGCAUCCAAAUCUCCAAAAAGUGGAACGUGAAACAAAUGCAUAACAACUAGUACACUGAACUAAGUCUGCCAUUUCAAUGAGGUGAAUAAUAAAUAUAGUGGCGAGCACCAGCUCGGGAGCAUUCCGCAGACUGUAUGAAAGGAGUGUGGAUAUGAAUCACGUCAUGUUCCUGCUCCCUAUAUUAUUCACAAAGUGGCUGGCGCAGUGGCGUGGUGUGUAUUGUGGGGGAGUGGCAAAUUCAGGAAUCGCCCCGGACGGCAAAAUCUCUAGCUACGCCACUGGUUCGUUUAAUAUUUCCGAACUUAAAUAAUCAUAUAAAGAGGUCUGAAAGCACAGACAAAAAAGUUUGAUGAACGAGCGGCUUGUUGGCAUAGCGGCAUUCUAUUCAAGCGUUCUUCUGGGGGGAGAGCAUUCACCCUCAGCUUAUGCAGACCUAUAGUCCCAGGUAACAGAGGACUGAGGCGGUAACACUGUCUAUAUUUGUGCUAUGCUGUGGUCCUUGGACACAAGCAUAUAUAUUUUAAUGUAAGAGUUCCUAGUGGGGGGGCGGGUGCUUAAAUAAAACAGUGUUACACUAUUAUGGAUCCUCUUGUACUUUUUAAGGUACUUGGAAACCGUUGCCAUUUAUUGUUCCCAUUGUAAAGCGCUGCGGAAUUUGACGGCGCUCUAUAAAUAUCAUAAUAAUAAUAAUAAUAAUUGAACAAGGAUACGUUGUUACACUGGAUUUUGACUGUAGGAUAUUACAGACUGCCCCUGCUUCAGAAUACCCUAGAACUCUUUAUUAUCUUAUUUUUAAAUUAGAAUUUUGAAGUUUGAUGUCAAUGUUUUUGUUUGACACUCCUGAUAAUUUAAAUUAGGGGCUAAUCUAUUAAGCGCUUACACCCAUUAGUGAGUUGUAAACUACUGGAAUUGUUUUUUUUUUUAUGUGUACAGCUGCUUUUUUAUGGAAUUGCACUACUUUAUUGAAUUGUAUUAUUUUUAAUAUAUUUAUUCUGUUUCAUGUGAAGUAGUAUUACUGUUUUUACGCUCUUUCAUUGGUUAUAAAACAUAAAUAAAAUUGCAAGAUUCAUUGUCAGAUUAAAUUGCCAUUGUUAGUCAGAAAGGUAAGUAUGAUGUAUUUCAAGUGAUAUUUACUGAUGUCUACUGUAUAUAUAGUACAUAUUAUUUGUUUUAUAAAAGUAAAGGGCAGCACUGACCUUAAUGGGCACAUAUCUAAGGAGUCUUAAAUAUGUCUAUAAAUAUAACCAUGUCUAUAUACACUUGAAAACACUUACAUACAAUUUCCUAAAUAAACCACCAGAUUCAUACUCUGUUGUUCUUCUUUUUUUCUUUUUUUUCUUACAGAAAUGAUAUUGCAGUCCUUCAUCUGGCAUCCAGUGCCACUCUGAAUCCCUCUGUGCAGGUGGCUACCCUGCCCGCCGAUGGAACUGUCCUAGCCAACAAUUUCGCCUGUGUUGUUACUGGAUGGGGCAGAACUAGCAGUAAGUUGUUUUAUGGGAAACACAAAAUUUCUUGCCUAGCCCAUGACUUGCCACAAAAAAAGAAUUAGUAAUUGAUUGUCAACAUAUAAGAUAAUAUAUAGAAAUAUAUGAGUAUUGAAUAAAACAAAAUGGAUCCACUGCUAAGAACCUUGGCAAUGUAGUAAAUGGUAAUAAUGUUGCAGGAUUUGGUUAUGAAAUAUGCUCAAAAUGUUUUUAAAAUCAUAGAAAGAUUCCAGUGAAACCACUAAAGAUUUAUUUUUUUCUAAACUCGGAUUUUCUUUCUUUACUGAAGAAGCAAAACUACCAAUGGGGUAUUUGUCACAGCAAAAACAGGUUACCAACCUGAUACAAAGUUCUAAAUGAGAAGAAACCACCAUGCAAACAAACAGAAUGGUUAUUCACAGGUUGCUCUAUGCACCAUAAACACUUCUGUGAUUUGAAGUGAUCAUGGUGCCUGGAGUCUGUAUGUGCAGCAUUUCACUUUGAAAUGCUGCACAGUGGUGGAACUACCAGCCAACUACAGCCAGUGUGACUGUACUGGGGCCCAGAGUGCUAGGGUGACCCAGCUCAGGGCCAGGAGUGUGUGUCAGUGUUUAUCUGUAUGUGUGUCAGUGUGUGUAUUUGUUUAUCUAAAAGGUUUGUCAGUGUGUAUAUGUAUAUGUAUCGAUGUAUCUACCGUAUUUAUCGGCGUAUAACACGCACUUUUUCUCCCUGAAAAUAGGGGAGAAAUCGUGGGUGCGUGUUCUACGCCGGCCCUUUAAAUUCUGCAGCCGCCUGAGCGCUCUGUCAAGAGCGGUCAGGCGGCUGCAGUUGGUACUCACCUUCCCUGUAGCGUGGCCGAGCCGCUCUGCUGUCCGCGGUGGCCGGCCGGACUGAUAGGUGGCCGGCCGGACUUCGCGCGGAACAGGAGUUUCUGUUUCCUGUACCCGGUCGGACUGACAGGAAGGUGCACACUGAGCGUGCACCUUCCUUUCACUCCGGCCGGCCGGCCACCGCGGACUGCAGAGCGGCUCAGCCAUGCUACAGGGGAGGGGGGAGUAAGAAGGGGGGAGUGGGAAGUAAGAGAGGGAGGGAGUAAGAAAGGGGAGGAUGGUAAGAAGGGGAGGGACUAAGAAGAGGGAGGGGGGGUAACAAGAGGGUAGAAGGAUAAAGAGGUGCAUGGCAAGAGAAGGAGAGGAGAAGUAGAAUUGGGAGGGAGUAAAAGGGGGUAGGAGAGGUAAAGAGAGGGAAGUAAAAAUUAAGAAAAGAGAGAGAGGGAGUAACAAAGUGGGGGAGGAAGUAAGAAGAAAAAGAGGGGGAGUAAGAAAGGGGGGGUAAGAAGGAGGGAGGGGAGGUAGAAGGGGUCAAGAGAGGGGAGGGAGAAAGUAAAGAGGGAGGGUAGAAGGGGGUAGAAAGGGGAGGGGGGGUAGAAGGGGGGUAAGAGAGGGAAGGAAGAAGUAAAAGAAGAGGGGGAGAGGGAGUAAGAAAAGGGAGGGUAAAGAGAAGUUCUUUAUUUGAAAUUUAAAGAGAGGGACCACUCUCUAGAGCACCCCAGACCACUUCAGCUUUCCCAAUAAGUAGGUCACAGGUGCCAGGUCAGAUUAACCCUUUUAUAAACACUAGCAGUUUCAAGAGAGCAUAUGUUUAGUAAUCCAGCCUCGAGCACUCUAGUGGCUGGCCUCAUUGACAGCCGCUGGUACGUCUCUCACUGUGAAAAUCACAGUGAGAGCACGCAAGUGUCCAUAGGAAAGCAUUGUAAAUGCUUUCCUAUGCGACCGGCUGAAUGCGCGCGCGGCUCCUGCCGCGCGUGUGCAUUCAGCCGAUGACGUCGCGAGCAAGGAGGAGAGGAGGAGUACAGCUCCCCGCCCGGCGCUGGAGAAAGGUAAGUGUUUAACAACUUCCUCUCUCCAGAGCCCGGCGGGAGGGGGUCCCUGAGGGUGUAUAACACGCACCUCAUUUUAAUAAGGAAAUUUCAGGGGAAAAAAACUUAAAGGACCACUAUAGUGCCAGGAAAACAUACUCGUUUUCCUGGCACUAUAGUGGUCCUUUAAGUUUUUUUUUCCUGAAAUUUCCUUCUUAAAAUGAGGUGCGUGUUAUACGCUGGUGCGUGUUAUACGCCGAUAAAUACGGUAUAUGUUUGUCUGUAUAUCUGCAUGUGUGUGUAUCUGUGUGUUUGUAUAUCUGAAUGUGUUUCAGUGUGUGUGUGUGUGUGUUUUGUCAGCAUAUGUGUAUAUGUGCAUACAUAAAAAAAAACACUUCUUCAGUAUAGCACAAACACUACACAUAAAGGCAUGCUUGCAUUCAAAUAUCAACACUACAUACAAAACACCUCUACAUUAACACAUAAUGUAUGUGUUAACAUACUCCAUGCAACAAAUGCUUACAUUAAAAAACACAAACACUGCUCAGUGCUAAAUACAACCCUGCAUGGAUGGGGAAAUGGUAGAAUCUCAACUGGCAAUGCAUUGUGGAAGUUGUACAAUCUUUUGGCCACCCUUUGCAAUAGGGUAGGGGACAAACAAAUUCUUGCACCAGGGCCCUCUCUCUGCAUUUGUUCCGCCAUUAACACUCCACAUAUGCAGUUUAAGCCCUAAUGACCCCUUGUCAUUGGGGCAUCAUUAGCCAGCGCAGUACUAGAAUUCAGGCUGAAUAAAAUCAAUUCUGUGCACAGUGUGCCAUUCUUUCGCUCUCAGUCAGUGAAUGGUGAAUUGAAAUAUCCCAAAAAGAUAUCAAAGAAAUACAGAAUGGAACUUGAUGAACUGCGUUGAUAGUGAAUAUAAAUCCCUAACUUUAUGAUAUCCACCUUUGUCUCCUUUCAUGAGAAAUAGCAUUGAGUGCAACAUUAACAUGUAUGUUUCCCACAGCCGAUGGAUCUUCUCCCUCAGUCCUCCAGCAGGCCACUCUGUCUGUUGUAGCUCACUCAGUCUGCUCCAGCAGCUCUUACUGGGGAAGCACCGUCAAGACCACAAUGUUGUGCGCCAAAGGUGACGGUGCCCAUGCUUCAUGCACUGUAAGAUGACUUGAUUUUCAUUUCCCUAUUAACAUAUAGACCUAUGUUGACUAGUAGCUUUAUUAAAGGGUAUUUAUGGCUAAUUGACAGUACAGUGUACAGUACUUGAUGUUUUUUUCACAGUAACUGUUAGUAAAUUUACACUUCUAAUUUACAACUACGCCAAUUUGGUGACUAAACUGCUACUGGGUGGGUAUUUUUUUUUUUUCGGAACUAGUUUUCACUAUAAUAUGGAUAUUCACACAUGAGCUAUGUUCCUGUAUUAGAAGUCAUGGAAUCACAGUUUAUCUGGGCUUUGAGUUCUACAGGGCUCAGUUACUAUUUAUAGCUGGGAUCUUAGGGAGUGAACAGGAUAUGGGUGAUAAUCUCUUCCCAGUGAACUUUAUUUCAGACAUUUGUUGUUUGUAAUGUUCUAUGUGUAUAGUUGUUUCUCUGACUUGCGCUUAUUAUUUGAUUGUGUGUAUUAUUUCAUGAUAAUUAUGCUAAACGAGUACAGAUUUAUUUUAUUUUUUUAUUUUUUAUUUUUUUAAUUCUUUUUUAUUAUCAAAUUUAUCACCAUAAUUACAUUAUACAAAAAAGUAUUUAAAAACAUUCAAAUUCAUACACAUAAACACAAAGACAAAAAUGGCAACAACAAAAAAAGAGAAAAAUAAAACCACCCCCCCACAAGAGUUCUACAGACUUCCAACUUCUCUAUCUCAUUUCAAAUGAUAUUAAUAUUACAUUUGUAGUAAUUUUUUUUCCCAAUUUUCCCAUAGGCUCAAAUUAUCAUUCAGAAGCUUGCAAUGAUCCUUCUCCAUUUUAAGUUGGUAAACCAACUGUAUUGUUAUUAAUUUGAUGUUAAAAGGGGUAUCUCCCUUCCAAUUUCUUGUUAUUAUUAUUUUACAGGCCAUUAAACAAUGAAUAAUUAGGAAUUGAUUUAUUUUAUUUAAUUUUGGCCAUUGGUAGUGUAAUAGCAUUAUUUCAGGAUUUAGAAAUAUUUUAACACCGCACAGUGUAUGGAUGAUAAAUUGAGCCCACUGCCAUACAACAAUCACUUGUUUACAUGACCACCACAUGUGGAUAUAAUUUCCUUUUUCCUCUCUACAUUUCCAACACUUUAUAUCCAUAGAUGUAUCAAAUUUAGCUAUUUUCAUUGGCGUCAUAUACCAUUGAUUAGCCAACUUGAAAUGUGUUUCUAUCAAUACAAAGGAGUGGACAUAUUUAUUGAUUUUUUGUAGGGUAGAUAACCAUUCAGUUAAUUCUAUAUUUAUUUUUAAUUCAGUAUUCCAUUUUUUAAUAACACUGGGAAGGACAGAAUCAUCCAUUGGGUCCAACAUUCUAACACAUCUAGAGAACAGCUGCUUUGUUUUAUUCUGGUAUAAGAUUGAUUUUAAUAUAUCAUACAUCUUACCCUCUUUUACUAACUCAACUUUCUCCAAAUAAUGUUUUACUCUAAAAUAGGUAUAUACAUCUUUAGCAGAGAUCUUAAACUCCUCUACCAACGUUUUAUAAGGUUUGAUUUUACCCUCUUUGGUCAGAUCUUUUAAAGUAUUUAUUCCUUUUUCUUUCCAUAGUUUUAAGGAAAUACUCUCCAUGUUUAGUUCUAUUAUAUCUAAAUUUUGAAAAUCAAAUAUUUUAUUUACCAAAUCAAUUUUUUUCCUUAUUUUUUGCCAUAUUGGAGUGAUCUGUCCUAAAAUGUAUGAUCUGGAUAGAUUGCAUUUUUUUGUAUUCCAGACUAACUCUAGGGUAUCUCUUAAUUGGCUAGAUUCUAAUUCUGACCACCACCAUACUUCCUCUUUAUUUUGUUUUAUCUGACUAGCCAUGACAUGCGUAAUAAUCCCUGCUUCAUAAUAUUUUCUUAUAUUUGGAUAUCCUAAGCCUCCCUUCUUUAUUCCUCUUGCUAGUACUCCAUUUUUAAUUCUGGGUUUUUUCCCUCGCCAUACAAAAUUAGAAAAGGCCUUGUUGAUCAUUGUCAGCCAUGCAUUCGGGAUUUCUAAUGGGAGCAUUCUAAACAUAUAGAUCCAUUUUGGCAAAACGUAUGAUUUCAGAAUAUUUAUUCCUCCUCCCCAAGAUACUUCUAAUUUUCUCCAUUCUUUCAAAUUCUUAUUAGUUUCUUUUAGGAGAUCCAUAAAGUUUAUUCGCAAAGUGCUUUCUACAUUUCUGCAAAUUUUAAUUCCUAGAUAUAAAAACGUUUUAGCUUUAAUAAAGCCAUAUGUAUCUUGAUAGGAAUCUAUUUCUUGAUUUGACAUAUUGAUAUAUAUAGCAAUUGAUUUUGUUUUAUUUAAUUUGUAAUUUGAUACUGCACUGUAUAUCUCAAUUUCUGACAUUGCAUUUGAUAUUGAUGUUGACGAAUUGCUUAAAAAUAGAAUAGUAUCAUCAGCAUAGAGAGAUAUUUUCAGUUCUUUCUGUUUUGCUAUGAAUCCCUUAAUAUUUUCGUUGUUUCUAAUUCUGUUAGCUAGAACCUCUAGUGUUAAUAUAAACAAUAAAGGGGACAGAGGACAGCCUUGUCUGGUCCCAUUGUUCAAUUUGAACCAGUCUGAGCAUAUGCCAGGGCCAAUUGUUCUCGCCUUUGGAUCUUUAUAUAAAGCUAAAAUUGCAUUAAGCAACCAUCCCUGUAUGCCUAGUUCUUCUAAGGUAAACUUCAUAAAGUCCCAGCUGACCCUGUCAAAGGCUUUUUCAGCGUCUAAAGACAGGAUCAGCAUGGGACUUUCUUUUCGUUGUGAUAUAUCUAGUGCAUCAAUCAAGCGUCUAAUAUUAUUGCUUGACAUUCUGUCUGGAACAAAACCUGUUUGAUCAGGAUGGAUUAGCUGUUUCAUAACUUCUUUUAAUCUGCUAGCUAUAAUAGAAGAAAAUAUCUUAAUAUCUACAUUUAUUAGUGAUAUUGGGCGAUAGCUCUGAACUUUAGUUGGAUCUUUCCCUGGUUUCAAUAUAGGUAGAAUGUUUGCUUUAAGCAUUUCAUCUGGGAAUCUGCCCUUUUUAACUGCAGUAUUAAAAGUAUUUUUUAGGUGGCCUAUCAAAUGAAGUUUCAUUGUUUUGUAGAAUUUAUUUCCAAAACCGUCCGGACCUGGCGUUUUAUGAGUUUCUAAUCUAUCUAUUGUUAUAUUGAUCUCUUCUUCCGUGAUCUCUUUAUUUAGGUUAUUUACUUGUGUUUCUGUUAUUUUAUUCAAUUUUGCUGAUUUAAUAUAUUUUUUUAUUAUUUCUGAAGGAGUAGUUACUGAAAGACUAUAUAAGUUGGCAUAAUACUCAUUAAAUGCUUUCCCUAUCUGUUCUGGGAGAAGGGAGAUGGUAUCAUUAGUUAUUAUUUUAUCAACCUUAUUGGUUGUAUUUCUUUUUUUCAGCAUAUUGGACAUUAUUUUAUCAGCUCUAUUAGAUUUAUGAUAAUAUUUAAUUUUAAGUUUAUGCAUAUUUGUUCUGAUUUUUUCGUAAGUUUUUUCCUGUAUCUCAGAUUUAAUAUUCUCUAUUUUUAACUGAUUGUCCUUGGUUGGGUUUGCAUUGUUUUUCUUAUUUAAAUUAUAUAGUUCAAUGUAAAGAUCUUGUACGUUUGCGCCUUUUUUUUUUUUCUUUAAUUUAUUGAGCAUUAUACAAUGUCCCCUUAUUACUGCUUUAAAUGAGCACCAUAAAGUAUCAUUCUCCACUUGUCCAUUAUUAUUUUCUUCAAAAUAACAAAUGGUCAUUUUAUCUAUAUAGUCUUUAUAUUCCUUAUUUAAUAAUAAUGAUUCAUCUAACCUCCAGGUUAUAUUCUUACUGCUCUUUAAUCUAUUACUGUUUAGUUCCAGGCACACACUAUCAUGGUCUGACCAUAUUACUGGUUUGAUUUCUAUUUUAAAUGUUCUAUCUAUUCAUUUUAAAUCUCCAAAUAUAAGAUCUAUUCGCGAGUACGAAUUAUGGGGCCAGGAGUAAAACAUAAAUUCUUUCACUGCAGGAUUGUUAAGUCUCCAUAUGUCAAAUAGACCUUCUCUUUUCAUCAAGUUAUUAAAAGUCCUUGCGUUUUUAGAACUUGUUUGUCCCAAAUAGUUUGUUUUUCAGAGAACUUGUCUAAUAUGGGGUCUUGUAUACUAUUAAAGUCCCCUGCAUAUAUCUUUAUUCCUACUCCUACUUUCUCAACUUUAUUUAAUACUUUUCUCAAUAGGCAUAUGGGGUUUUUGUUGGGCAGAUAAACAUUAAUUAGAGUGAAGAGUUCAUCAUUAAUUGUGACUAAUAGGAUGAUAAAUCUCCCCUCUAAGUCUAUUUCCAUAAAUUUUAUCUUUAUUUUUAAAUCUUUUGGAAAAAAUAUUGCAACUCCUCCCUUUUUCCCCUCCUCUCUAGAGGAACAAAUUUUUAAAGGAAAAGAUCUGCUGGUCCAUCUUUUUUCAUCCUGUUUACGCCAGUGUGUCUCUUGGACCAUAGCGAUUUUUUAGAUACUCUUGGAAAGCUUGUCUUUUUUGAGGGAUAUUUAAACCUUUAAUAUUUAACGUUAUUAAUUUAACCAUUAUCGUAUAUUGUUUUUUUGGAUAGUCUAGUGAGCUCUCGAGAAACAAUAAAAAAAAUUCACAUUACAAUACAUACAUUAAACAACUUCAAGUACACUUGGUAUUUGAAGUAUAUUUCCAAUCAUUUCGAAGACUCUAAAAAGAGUCAAAGAACACUUUCCUUGGUGGGUCUUAAUGCCCACUUUGAACCUUUUUCAGGUUACAGCAAGGGAGGCUAUAUCUCGAACAGGGAGGAACCAAGUCUGAAUUUUUCUUUAUCUUUCCCUACUCCCUCUUUCUCUUCUACUCUAUGAAGUUUAUACUUCUACCCUUCUCUCCUCUUAUUCCUCUAAGACGAAUAGAAGAAGAAGAAAAAAGGGAGCAUGACAAAGGCUUUUCAGCCGAAACGUUGGGGGUUUUUUGAUUGACUCUGUCCCUACUUCUCACUGAAUUUGGUAUGGUUUGCUGCAUUUUUUUAUAUGUCUGGGUUUUCAUUAUACUAGUAUUAUAGUGGACUGUUUGCAUGAUAUUUCUUUCAUUCAUUUAUUACGCAUUGAGCGUUUAUAUUUGCCUAUAUCAUUGCUUUUCUGGUAAAUGUUUUUGAAUAGCAUGACUUUGUACCUCUGUGGAUAAUAUUUAAAGAGACAGUCCUAUAGUAUAUACCCAUUUAAUAAAGAUUUUUUCAUAUAUAUAAAGAUUUAUGGUUGUGCUCCUUACUCUAUUCACAAUCUUUAGGCUUAGUACAGAUUUAUUUUUAAUAUUAUUCUAAUAUGUACCAAGAUUACAAACAUCUUAAUAUUAAAGGGACACUCCAGGCACCCAGACUACUUCUGCCCAUUGAAGUGGUCUGGGUGCCAACUCCCACUACCCUUAACCCUGCCACUGUAAUUAUUGCAGUUUUUUAUAAACUGCAAUAAUUACCUUGCAGGGUUAACUCCACCUCUAGUGACUGUCUACUAGACUGCCACUAGAGGGCACUUCCUGAUUCAUAGCAAAGAUUUUCUUUGCUAGAGUGUCGCUAGACGUCCUCACACUGUGUGAGGACCUCCAGCGUUGCUCAAUUCCCCAUAGGAAAGCAUUGAAAAUCUUUUUCAAUGCUUUCCUAUGGAGAUCUCUAAUGCGCAUGUGCGGCAUUGCCGCGCAUGCGCAUUAGGUUUCCUCAGCCGGCGGGAGGGAUCAGUCUCGCCCACCGGCUGACGUGAUUACUAGGAGGAGCGACGCCGACCCGAAAAAACCCCCAUCGAGGGACAUCGACAGGGUCUCAGGUAAGUGACCUGAAGGGGUUUUCACCCCUUCAGCCACCUGGGAUGUGAGGUGGGAGGGAGAGGGUACCUGCAGUGCCAGGAAAACGGAUUGUUUUCCUGGCACUGGAGUUUUCCUUUAAAUAUAUCUAAGUAUUACUGAUCAUCGUGAUUCCCCACCAUUCUUUAAGUUUAAAAACAAUGAUUAAUUGUUAUUUUGUAUUUAUCUAGGGAGAUUCUGGUGGACCUCUUAACUGUCUCGUAAAUGGAGUCUACCAAGUCCAUGGUAUAACCAGUUUUGUUUCCUCCCUUGGUUGCAACACCAAACGCAAACCUAACAUCUACACCAGUGUAUCCGCUUACAUCUCCUGGAUCAAUGCUGUGAGUAAUUUUACAUACAUUAAGACUCCCUUCUUCUACUUCUUCAUUAGAUCUAUCACUGUGUCUCCUAAAUACAUUUACCUACUGCUGUACAUAGUUACUGUACAUUACUAAUCUAUCUUUCUGAAUCCAGUAGCAUUCAUUAUUGAAGAUAUCAGCAAUACAUAAACUUAUUUUACUCUGACAAUGUUAUAUUUGUCUUUUUUUUCAGAAUGUCUAAACCAUCGGAAAAAUUUCCAGGAAACAUGCAAAAACACACGUUGCUUAAUUAUGAAUAUUAAUCUUUUCAUUUUCACAUACAAUAAUUAAUAAUAAUUUGCAAUAUUAAUUAACUAAUUAAUUUAAUUUCAAUUUACUACAAAACUUACUGCAAGCAACAGGCUAUAAAAUGAUAGCAGUAAUAAUGAAUUACAGUACAAUGCAAAACUCCAACAUAUAAUUUACAAAGGCCCCAAGUCAUUGACAGGUGCUAGGGAGCCAGAGCUGAUAAGUCUACAUCAUGGGCAGUCAAGAGAGAGAGCCUGAAUCUCUAUUACCUCUGCUUUUUAUUCAUAGUGGGAUGCUUUCUGGGAAGUAACUUCCCUAGAGUAGUCUGGCCUGUGAUGUCACUGCCAGAAGCACAUGGCAUAAGGAAACCAUAUAGUGGAAAUUAAUCCUACAUACCUUAUUAUGCUUUAUUGAUGUCAUAAAUCAUUAUUUAAAUUCAUUACAACACCAAUGUUGUGUAUUAAAAAAAAUAUGAUUCUCUUUCUGUAACUAACAUUCUAAUAAAAAUUGCUUUCAUCAUUUCAGGCUUUAUGUGCUCUAUAUAAUGAACAUUGAGUAAAUAUGUUUUUGAAAAUGUCAUUUGUGUGCCUCUUAAGCUAAGCCAUUUUUUUCUAAAUCUAAAUCUAGAUGACUUUAAUGAGAAAUGUAAUUGCAAUCUAUCUUUUAAGGGGAAAUGGAUGGAUUGCACUUAUGUACAGUGAAGCACAAUUAUUAUAAAAAAAAUAAAAAAUGAUACAAUAGCAUAAGUAAAUACAGGAUUUAGAAUUUUCAUCAUCUGAUCUAUUAAUUAAUGUAGCAGGCCCUAGGUAACCCAGCUGGUUACCCCCACCAUUAAUGUAUUAGGAUACCCAUUUCCCACAGUAACUGGAUGACACACAAUUCCAGGGGUAUAACGUUUGCCAAUCUUUAUUAGGACACCCAGCUUUUUAUACACAGAACCCCGCAGGGGGUCUCCAUCCAACACAACACAAUCCCAGGCAGGAGGGGGCUGGGUUACAGUUAACCAUCUCCGGCUCUGGGAGAUACCAAUAGUACACAGGGACACACAUGAAAACACAUUACAUACAGGGGGGUGAACUUUGGAGCCUGGCACCCUGGAAGGGAAGGGGUUACAGAGUUGGAACUCAUUUUGUCAAAUAGCCCCGAGUCCCAUCUGGGAUCCCUGCAAAAAGCAGGGUGAUUGGAUGUACAGAGCCCGAUAUAUCAGCAUCCAAUCUCUGGGUCUUGAGGCUCUGUACAUCCCCGAAAUUCGUUCGAUGGUGUUGCUUGGUUUAGUCUGGCAAAUUCAAACUUCGCGCCCAAACCAAGCAACAAUCAAUCAGCUGAAAGGGCAUGAACCAAAUCGGGCCAAUCAGCACACGGGGAGGGAAGGAAGGAGUUUUGCCGCCAUAUCCGAAGAACGGGAACCUGUUUUAAUGGGCGCUCCUACUCUGAUUGGUUGCCGGCACCUCACAGCGAUCAAUCAGCGCUCCCUCUUUCCGACCGACCAGGAGAAUGGCGCAAACCCAGUUUAAAUGGGCGCUCCUUCUCCCAAUGGUCGGCAGGGACUACUACACGGCCAUCGGGACCCUGCGGCCGUGACACCGACUCACAGCCCCAGGGAUUCCCUGCUGGCGCGUGUCCCUUUCUCCAAUGGAUAUCCCCACGCACCCACCAGAGAGAGCACUUUCCUGGGCAGUCACAAGCCUAGCCUCGUUGCUCGCAGGUAGGGGAAAUCAGUGAUCAUAGCUCCGUUGGGGAGCGGGUAAGACAAUCCCUGACACGGGAAUCGAAGACUGUGCACGCUGGUAGGGGAUGCAAAUGCCUCCCCUGGUGGGCGUUCGGUAAUACGAACGGGUGGCCACCCAGGGGAAGUGCCCGCCGCCUGUUUCUCUUGCGGUCUGCGGUUUUUACACCUCAUUGGCGAGGUGUGAACAUUCUAACCACACACUUUAAAUUAAGUAUCGAGGUGGUCCGGCACAAGGGGUUCCAUGCGCCGGAACACCCCCGCGUGGUUGAAACACGAGGUCUGCGGUUUUCACAAAUCACUAGCGAGGUGUGAACAUUCCAACUAAACAUUCUAAAUAGGGUAUCGGGGUGGUACGGCGCACAGGGCUCCGUGCACCGGAGCACCCCUGUGUGGUUGAAAAGAAAUUUGCAUGAUUUAGUGUAACAAUUACAAAAAUGGUAAAACUACAAAGAGGAAACACACAUUCCAGGGGAGCACAUCCACAAAUAGGAAAAGGCAAUUCAUGGUUAGGCAGCGGUCCUGCUACAAUGAAGAUGCAAUUUUUGCACACCUCUACACAUUUGCUUGGAUUGCCCUAAAAUUACUGGAUACUGGUUCUCUAGCAUACGCACAAAUUACUGAAACUCCCUUGAUCAUAAGCCAGAGGAGGGCACUUUCAAAUCUCACUCUUAAUCCACUUAAAAAUUUAAACACACAGUUUUACCUUACUUGCUCCUGCACGGGCAGUCCAUGACAUUGUGGUACUUGGGAAACAGUGCUUCACUUCCACUGUCUACCAAAAUCCCACCUUCUGAAGCCUUUACAUCCUCUCCUCUAAAUAUCCCCAUGUCCCCCAUUGUAUAUUCCCAUAUCCUCAUUAAAUCUCCCAAUGUUCCCCAGUGUAUCUCCUCAUAUUUUCAUUAUAUGUUCCCAUGUCCACCAAUGUAUCUCCCCAUAUCUUCACUAAAUCUCCCCAUGUUCCCCAGUGUAGUUCCCUAUAUCCUCAUUAAAUGUCCCAAUGUCACCAGUGUAUCUCCCCAUAUCCAGAUUAAAUCUCCCUAUGUUCCCCAGUGUAUUUCCCCAUAUCCUCAUUAAAUGUCCCCAGUGUAUUUCCCCAUAUCCUCAAUAUAUAUCCUUAUGUCCCCAGUGUAAUUCCCCAUAUCCUCAUUAACAUCCAGCAUCAGUUAGGUGACCUGGAGUUCAUUAGAAUCCAGGAAAUGCCUCUAGUAGCUGUCUGACUGACAGCCACUAGAGGCAGUCUUGGUCCUGCGAGGUAAUCAUUGCAGUUUCUCUCAAAUGGAACUGAAGUGGUCUGGGUUCCUAUAAUGUCUCUUUCAUACUUACCAUCUCCCUCCUGAGUUCCUAAAUGGCAAAUAAUGAAUAAUAAAAGAACUAUUUUGCUGUGAAAAAAAUUGCAAAAGAAGGAACACAUUACCCGUUGUGAUCUCCUAGUAGACAUUAACUUUAAAAGACUCCAGAAUCUUUAAAAUGCCAUGCACAACACAACAUAAGAUCUACAGACAUAAGGAAAUCAGCAUUCAUAGAAUAAUACUGUCAAAUGCUUCAAAUUUUAAACUAAUAUUAUACAGGUAGCAGCAAUUGCAAGACAUAUCUACCUUCUAAUCUCUCGAGCUAAAAUUUCUGUGGUUAAAAUAUAGAUUAGUGGUGAUAAAGGGCAGCCUUGUCAUGUCCCGUUACUUAAUCGGAACCAGUCUGGACGUAUAUUUUGUCUCACAGUUCUAGCAGUGGAAUUACUAUAUAAUAUAGCCCUAAGAAAAAACAAAAAAAAUUAAAUCCAAAAGCCUCUAAUGUUUUAAAUAAAAAAGACCAAUUAACAUGGUCAAAAGCUUUUUCAGCAUCGACUGCUAUUAACACAAAUUCUCCCUUUUUAUUUCUUGCUGCAUCUAUGAUGUCAAUAAUCCUCCUUAUAUUGUUUAAUGAACUUCUAUUCGGUACAAAACCGAUUUGAUCUUUGGGAAUUAUAUAUGCAAUUACCUCUUUUAGUCAACUGGCCAAAACUGAAGAUAGUAUUUUAAGAUCCGUGUUAAUUAAUGAUAUUGGCUGAUAGCUUAAUGCCGAAGAUCUUUAUCUGGCUUAGGUAUUCGUAAUAUAUUUGCCUAUAAUAAUUCCAGAGGCAUACUGGUAUUUUUAAUAAUAUCAUUAAAGGGACUCUCCAGUGUCAGGAAAACAAACUGUUUUCCUGGCACUGCAGGUCCCCUCUCCCUCCCACCCCCCAGCCCAUGUUGCUGAAGGGGUUAAAACCCUUCAGUGACUUACCUGUAUCCAGUGCCCAUGUCCUUCGGCGCUGGGUCAGGGUCCGCCAACGCUCCUCCCCCACCGACGUCAUCCAGAGGGGGAGACCUAUUGGGCAUUCGCGACAGGUGGUGGGGGAGACAUAAUGCGCAUGAGCGGGGUGCCGCGCAUGCGCAUUAGACCUCCCCAUAGGAAAGCAUUGAGUAAUGCUUUCAAUGCUUUCCUAUGGGGAUUUCGGCGACGCUGUAGGUCCUCACAUAGCGUGAGGUCGUCCAGCGUCAUUAUAACACACUUUUCGUGUUUAUGAACAUGGUAGUGUCCUCUAGUGGCUGUCUACUAGACAGCCACUAGAGGAGGACUUAACCCUGCAAGGUAAAUAUUGUAGUUUAUAAAAACUGCAAUAAUUACACUUGCAGGGUUAUGGGUAGUGGGAGUUGGCACCCAGACCACUCCAAUGGGCAGAAGUGGUCUCGGUGCCUGGAGUGUCCCUUUAAAGACUUUUGUAAUUUCUGGUACUAUUUCAUUUUUUUAGAUUUUAAUAAAAGAGCCUGUAAAUGCAUCAGGAUCUGGUGUUUUGUUUCUUUUCAAUUCGCCAAUGGCUUUACUAAUUUCUACAUUAUUAAUCGGGGCAUUCAACAAAUUCUGCUUCUCCUCUUGUACUUGUCUUAUAUCUCAAUUUUUCAAAUAAUUAACCAGUUGUUCCUGGUCCUUUGGUGCCGGUAAAUUAUAUAGAGAACUGUAAUACUUAUUAAAUGCCUGGACUAUAUCUACCAGAGCUAGACAAACCUCAUUCGAGUGGACUAUCUUAUUUAUUCUAUUUACCUCUUGUCUCUUCUUUAAUUUGUUGGUUAAAAAUGUGUUAAGUUUGUUAUUUUUAACGUACAGUGUUUUCAUUUUUCUAGAUUUCUAUUUAUUCUGUCCAUCUCAAGUUUGUUUAUUUUGUCUUUAAGUUCAUGCAUUUCAUUAGUACUUUUUUUACUUGAGGACUCCUGAUUUAAUUUAUCUAUUUUGUAAAGCUUAAUUAAUCAUGUUGGAAUAUUAUUAUGUAUUUAUGUAUUAUGUAAGAGCCCACAGAACUAUAAUGUUCUUGAACUGGUUUGUUACUGGUAAGUCAUAAAUGGUUAUGUAGAGGAGAGGUAGUAUAAUCCACGAUAUCUCUGCCGGUAUAUAUGAAAAGCAUAUAAUAAUCCAAGUAGGCAGGUACAGCAUAUAAUAAUCCAAGUAGCGUUAUAAGAAUUCUUCCCUCCCAAGAACUAGACGACACAUAGGCUGGGAGUCAACUGAGGUUUUUAUUCAUAAGCUCCAGUAUUUAUGUGGUUCCCCAUGCAAGGGGUUUCCUUAAUUACUUUACAGAGGUUGUACAGUAGGGGACUACAUGGGGAACUGAACAUACAGGACAUUUUUCCCACCAUGCACUGCUGUACGAGAGGGAUACUCCCAUAAGAAUAUCCAGUUAAGUGGAUUAUCCCUCUGUACAGCAGAACUGGCUUUUUACUUAAAAAUCCAUAACUUAUAUAUUAUUCGUGCCAUUGUACCGAAUGACCGUUCGGCAGAUAGCUGGGGUCUGAGUGCAUACUUCAUGAAAGUACCGCUCAGAUCCCAGCACAAUUAGCCGAACGCCGCACGAAAUACACCUUGAUAUAAACUCCUCAUAAAAGUCACGAAUACACAUGUAGAGAGAUGCCUGGAAGUCCAGCGGUGUUCGUGCCAUUGAGCAGCCGAUUUUAGUUCCAGGCGCACAACGACCAAACACCGCUGGGCUAACAAAGGAUCCAGGAUGGCCGCCGCCGCGUGGUCGGUAUCUGAACGGCGGCCACCGUGAAAAUCUAUUAACUGCAGAGAGAUACAUUGUUGCCAUCCGUAAUGGGAGCCACACGACCCCCUGUGUGUGGUCUCCCAUUUGGUACUUUGUUCGUUUCAGGAACAGUGUUGAAAUUCACUAUCCGUGAAACUACCAUAUGAAUGCUUGCGGCUUUCGUGCCGAUAGCAUAUGAAUGCUCUCAUUCACAUAAAACACAGAAUAGGGAACACGGACAUUUCAGGCAGUCUUAAAGCAACAAUAUCACAUAAGGUAACUACAGUCUUAAGUGGCUAGGUUUGCCACAGGUUAUAAGGAAUACAAAUACAGUUUUAUGAAAUAAUAAAAUAUUAAAACAAAUUUGCCCCUAGGUGACACUGUAAGUACUAACAACCUUAUAUUAUUCAUGGAAUAUGGGUAUUAGAACAUUAAGUGAGUAAAGCCCAACAGGUUAAGGGCAAAGUUUAUAGAGAGGUGGCAGAUCAAACCAUAGUGAGCCACCAUUACUGGUACCCCCAGUCCCUCUUUAAACUAAAAAUAAAUACUUGUCAAAAGACUGUGUCUGCAUAUAUACAAAAUAUUUGUAUCAUAUUUAGUCUUUAUUUAUUUGUUCUUUUUUUUUUAAAUAAAAUAUUUUACCAGGAUGGAUACAUUGAGAUUUCUCUUGUUUUCAAGUAUGUCCUGGGUCCACAAAACAUUGCAUUAUUACAAUAGGAUACAAUAUUACAAAAAUACAAUAUACAAACUAUACACAUACACACAUAUAUAAAUUUAAUACAUAACAGAUAAUAAAUAUAUUCAACCAUGACAGAUGCAUUCUGUUCUGAGGUAUACUGCCAUAGAUCUCUUAAACGAUUUGAAUGAUGUGAAUGUAGAAUUGACUGUGUCUCUGAGGUUAUUCCAUAAUUGCGGUGCUCUGUAGGAAAUGGAGGAUCGAGCCACUUUAUUUUUGUAUUGCGGUAUGCUAAAUAUCAUGCUAGUACUUGAUCGGAGGUUAUAGGAGGUGGGAACAGCCAGGAGAGCAUUCUAUUCAGGAAGGGUGGGAGCUUCCCAGAAAUUCUCUUAUGCACAAGGCUGGAAAGAUGAAGAGUGAGUUGGGAUACCAGCGACAGCCAGUUUAGCUCUUUUAACAUGUCACAGUGGUAACAUGUCAAGUAAUUACAUUCUAGUACAAAGUGGCAGAACAAAUUAUAUAACGUAUUAAGUUUAUUAGGGUGGGUUUGCAUUGCGGGUGCAUACACUACAUCCCCAUAAUCAAUGACCGGCUUUAGCAUUUGUUGCACUGUUUCCUUACUGUAGGGCUUAGGCAGGAUUUGUUUCUGUACAUGACACCUAGUUUUGGGUAAAGUUUUGAAGAGAUUUUUUCAAUGUGAAGGAUAGAUUGGGGUCUAGCAACAUACCUAGAUAUUUAAAAGAGCAGACUGCUGUCAGUGUGCUAUUAGAAUUUGUUCUGAUACACAAUUGUUGAUUUUGUAGUUUACGUAAUUUAGGUACAGUUCCAAAGAUCAUUGUAACGGUUUUGUCAGUGUUUAGGAAGAGUUUGUUAUCCGCUAUCCACUUUUCUACCUCUGUGAAUUGGUUUUGGAGCACAGCCUCAAGCUGUGGUAGAUUGGUUUAGUAGCGUAGCUUACAGUGUCGUCUGCAUACAUGUGGACAGUUGAGGAUAUGCAGACAUUAGGCAGAUCAUUUAUAAAUAAUGUGAAUAGCAGGGGGCACCAGAAUUUCUGCUACUUUUCCACCAUGUUUGUUUGCUGUCCAUCUUUUGUGUUUUUAAACCCCACCUCCUCUAGACUGUAAGCUCAUAGUAAAUGUCAAUAUAUCUGUAAAUGCAAAAGUAUCGAAAAGGUAUCACACCAUUAUAUAAGCAAGGCAUAUGUACCAAAGAUAUGACACAGUGGUAAUAGUACGCCCUCCGGUCUUUCGGUACUUACCCGGUCGCCAGCGGUCCCACGCCGGCGAUCGCGGUGGGGGGGACUCCCAGGGAGCCCCCCGCGGCACAUCCGUCCUCCACGAAGCCCCCCGGCCGUGUGAGAGUGGGGUCCUUGCGAGGACCCCACAAUCACAUGGCCGGGGACAGCUGGCUUCUGUAUUGCCAGCAGGGGGGCUGCCUGUGAUGACAGGUGGUCCCCCUGCUGGCUGAAAAUAAAAUGAAAAUAAGUUAAAAGUGUAAAAAAAAAAAAAUAAUAUAUACUUAGAUCAUAUAUAUAUAUUAUAUAUAUAUGAUCUAAGUAUAUAUAUACACAUAUACAUAAACACAUGUACACCGUCUAGGUGUAUUUUACUAUUAAUAUAUAUAUAAUUAUAUAUAUAUAUUAAUAUCAAAUUACACGUAGACUGAUACUGAUUAAAUAUAUAUAUAAUUAUUGUUAUAUAUAUAUUUAUAUAUAAUAUAAAAAAAAUAAAAAUGUAAAUACGUUAAAAAAUAAAAUUAAAAAAAUAAUUAAAAAUAAAUAAUUAAAAAAUAUAUAGAUGUGUGUUAUUUCAUUCUAACUGUUUUGUGAAAUUAAUAUAUAUAUAUAUAUAUAUCAAAAUACACGUAGAACGAAAUAAUAUAUAUAUCUAUAUACAUAAAUAUAUACGUAUAUAUCACUAUAUAUAUACCUAUAUAUAAAUAAAAAUAUUUUUAAAAAAUUAUAUAGAUAUAUACAUAUAUAUACAUACGUAUAUAUAUACAUAUAUUAAUUCUACAUAUAUAUUUAUGUAAUAUUUUUACAUAAUUAGGUAUCUUAAUUAAUUACAAUUAGCAGGACCUGCCUGACAACCCAUGCCGAAAGUAAAGGGAAUUUAAUUUGCUAGCACUAUAUUUAACCCUAUAACUUUCCGAGACACCAUAAAACCUGUACAUGGGGGGUACUGUUCUACUCGGGAGACUUCGCUGAACACAAAUAUUAGUGUUUCAAAACAGUAAAAUGUAUUACAACGAUGAUAUCGCCAGUAAAAGUGACGUUUUUUGCAUUUUUCACGCACAAACAGCAUUACACGGACAAUAUUAUUGCUGUGAUACUUUUUACUGUUUUGAAACACAAAUACUUGUGUUCAGCGAAGUCUCCCGAGUACAACAGUACCCCUCAUGUACAGGUUUUAUGGUGUUUUCAAAAGUUACAGCGUCAAAUAUAAGGCUUGCGUUUCAUUUUUUUCACAUUAAAAUUCGCCAGAUUGGUUAUGUUGCGAAUUUCAAUUUCAAAUGUAACGUGCUAUAUUUGACCCUGUAACUUCCCAAAAUGCCAUAAAACCUGUACAUAGGGGGUACUGUCUUACACGUGAGACUUUACUGAAUACAAAUAUGUGUAUUUUAUUGCAGUAAAAGCAAACAGUAUUAUGACACUGACCUUUAAAAUGUCAUGUAGAACUAAAAAAUUUUUAUUUUCUCCCAUUUUUUUCAUAUUAAAUUAAAUUUCAUAGCUAAAUAUUUGAUAUUAAAUGAAAGCCCUGUUCCCCUGAAUAAAAUUGUAUAUAAUAAGGGUGGGUGCAUUUACUAUGAAAGAGGUGUAUUACGGUUGGACAGACAUGUAGCGCAAAUGCCAGGUUUUGUUUACAUUUUGUUUUGUUCACAAUGUGUACAUUUGGCUCCGUCCUUAAGGGGUUAAAUAGGUACUUGCAGAAUGAAACGUAUUACAUGAAAUCAUAUUUGAACAAGAAAAAUACAAAUUAAAAAUUUGUCCCGAAGAAAAAAAAAAUUGUUAUGCAACAGACAAGAGGUAGGGUGUACGUGAAGACCCUAGUCUAAUAGUGAAUAAUAAUAAUAGUGAAUAAUAGUGAACAUCUAAUAGUGAAUAAUUAGAGGACUGUCAAUAUUGUGCAGCAGCACAAGUCACGCAUGUCACCUCCACUUGUCUUUCCCAUCGCCUGCCUCUCAUCCAAGACAGGGAUUGCCCAGCCCUCCAGCUACCAGUCUGCCAGAGGCCACAGCCCCAAGCUAAGCAGGACUCCCAGCAAUGAGGCAGAGGGUCCAUCCAGGUAGCAGGCUUUCAACCUGGCAUAAACAGCAGUGGGUUGGUAGCUCCCAGGCAUAUGAGCGGUUGGGACACACUCCUCUAGUCAGGUCAGAGACAGUCGUCUACAAAUUUCAGUUAGAAGGUGAGUGGAAAUGUGGUGAGGUUCACCGAGUGGGGGAGUCUGCCAAGCACCUUCAGGAGCUCUGUUAGGAGUGAAAUUGUCAAGCAAACAGAAAACUCAAAAUUUGUAACAUGUAACCUCCAUCUGUCCUGGGAGGGGGUAUAGUAUGAUCUCCACUGUCUGUCAUUGCAGUUCGAGUGCGACAAGUAUGUCCGUGUUGGGAUGUUUCACCCAGGAAGAGCAGGAGUCUCCAGUGUCUAUUUAUAGGCCACAGGCUCCUAUUAGCGAGUAGUCCCAAAACCGAGGCAUCUUCACAUUUACAGGCCCUCUGUUUACCAGCUAGCCUCUCUGUGAUGAAGUGGUAUUCCCCCAUUGAGAUCCAGGACUGGAGCUACAUGAGAUGGCGUCCCAUCAGCUCGAUGGUCCGGCCCCGUCCUAUUACCUUUCAUUAAAAAUUAGGACACAGUUAAAGAUAGUUUUACAUGUUUAUUUAAAUUUUAACAUGUAUUGACAGUUUCAAAAUCAGAUCACAUAAUUUUUAAAAAACAAACAAAAAUAGUUGUAUUAAAAAUAAUUACUUAAGGCUACUUGAUACUUCUACUAAACUAUGUUUGUCCUUGCUAUGUGAGAUAAUAGUUGGAUUUGCUUACAGUAUAAACACAUUUGUUAUCAGUUGUAUGUUAGCAUGUGGACGUAUUCCCACUAUUUUCAAAAGAUGGCAGUUCAAUUUUCCAUCCACAAUCAAGGUAUAAAAGAGGCAAUGAAUCUUAAAAAAGCCCAUUAUCUGAGUGUGACUCAAGAUGUUCAGAUUCCUUCUCCUUUUGGCUCUAGUCCUUUGUGGUAAGUAGUAUUUUUUUUCUUAUAUUUUAGAAAAUAACACUUAAAAUUCUAGGAAUUUUCUGACAACACAGAAUGUAGACUUCUGUUGGAAUUCAAAGAAGGCAAUCUGAGUUUUGUACUGAAAGUUGAAGUAAUAGUAUUGUAAAAAAAAAAUAGUAAUAAAAAAGAUAACUCGUAUUUUUAUGAGAAGACUAUAUAUCAUUAAUUUUAAUAAUUUAUAACUAGGAUGAAUAUAUUAUUAUUAUUUAUUAUUAGCUUUAUUCAGUUUUUAAGUAUGUCUUGGGAUUUAAAUGUUACAAUUAGACACCUCAAUUCAAGUGCACUCAUUUUAUCAACCACAGAAUGUUUAAUUAUAAGAAACCCUGAGGAAAGUUGAAAAGUUCUCAUCAACAACAUAUAAUAAUUUCUCAGAACUGGAAAAUGUUUAAAAUAACGCAAGAACACAUGAUUGUAGUCUAAUUCUAAGAAGACAUCCUCUUCAAGUAUCAAUCUAUUCUUGCUAGAAAACCUAUCAAAGUAUUUUGAAAUUAAAAUAAGAUUAUCAUUGCAAAUCCCUUUUCAAACACCCAAAAUUCCUAGUUUAUUGAUGAAACUCCAUUAUAUUGUGGAUAUAUAGCCUGCAUACAUCUCAUACAAUUCGAUUAAAAUAUACUGACUUUAGAAUUCACCUAUAAAUGUUUUAUGGAAUUAUAAAGCGAUAACUAAAGUAUUUUGUAUUCUAAUAACAUUAUCUGAAGGUAACCUCUAGAAUUCUCAUGCCAUACAAUUUUCAUAUUUUAAGUAAAACCCCUAGACUAAAGAAAAAUGAAUAUGUAGAAUUGUAAAAAUUUCUGAUAUCUGAAGAAUUUUCAUAGCAUUCCAUUACAUAAAGAAUUCAUAAUACAUCUAAUGUGAUAACUUAAAUGAACACUAUAGCGUUACGUAUACAAACAUGUAUUCCUAAUACUUUAGUAUCCUACUAACUGUUUUUGUUAUUGCCCCCUCACCUCAUGUGCAAUAAAGAGCCAUUUUUACUCAUCUUUCAGCCCACAUUGCUCCAGUCUUGGCCAUGCUGGCUCGCCUCCAUUGUUGCGAUCAUCGAUAUUCCAUAAUGAAGGAUUAGAAGACUAAUUUAUGAGAACAUGUGAUUGACUAGUUUAUUUCAGCAAAAGCGCUUCUAGUGGUUUUCAGGAAGAUACAUACCCCGUAUAACACACAUAGAUACCCACAAAAACUCUCAAAACGUACACUCUUCAAGAACAAAUGAAAAAACACACUGCUAGACAAUCAUACACAUAUACACAUAUGUGUGGUAGCUGAUUAUGAUGUUGUAUGUUUGUGGGAUUGCAUGUGUGUGGUUGGCUGCUAUAUGUCACAAUCACACACUCAUGAAUGCACACAUACAGAUGGAUUCACAAAGACACAAAAAGAUACACACAAAUACACAUAGUCAAAUAUUCAAAUGUAUAUAGAGACACACACACACUAAUCCAAACAUAAACUCACUGAUAGACAUUCAAAGUCAUAUAUACACUCACAGUUAGCACACACAUAUGAACCCUCCAUAAUAUAACAACUUCCUGUAAAGAGAAGGAUAACAGUUCCCUACCUGCUUUGGAGUAUCACCCCCAUGACGUCCUGGCAUGUUGAAGAUGCUGGUCCUCAUAUGGAGGACUCAGGCUUAAGGCCACUUUACAAAUUGUGAGGCAGUGGUUGUUCAUUCAUUGUUGGAGGGCCGGGCCAGACCGGAAAAUAGACCAAUAAGUCAUCAUCUCUUUGUACUUCACACUGGGAGAGACAAAGCCAUAGCAUGUAGUCCAGCACUUUGCGGGACUGCAGCCAUGGCUUGUAAGCAUACCCACUUAAAAGAACAUCGGUCCACCAGGUUUUUGUCCGGUGUGUUCUAUGGCCAAUCAAGUCCUGCGUCCCAUAGCAUGACAAUCAGCUGACAAGUUAUGGAGAUCUUCAAUCUCCCCAAUGCCCAUGCUGCCCCUCUCCAGCCUGCCAUCCUAAGGACGUGGCCUUGGUGGCUUUGUGGGAAAUCUGUCCCUCUCUGAGGUUGUGCACAACCUCAGACUGGCUUUUCAGAUAUAUACUUCAUCAUAGCUUUAUACACAUUAACAUAUUCUUGUAUUUCUUUAUUUCUUUAUUUCCUUUAGAUGCAGGACAAUAGGAAACCAACACUGUAUAUCAGUGGCAUGGCAUAGUCUUUAAGAUUAAAUGCUGAUGUUAAGUUGGUGACUGUUUUAUUUUUCCUGGCAACACCACUUAAGUAUUUACUGGCAUAAAGUAUAAAACAGACUCAGCUGCAUGCUUGGGCAUGUAUGCCUACCCAGCAUUUUUAAAUAAUGCCAUGUGCUCGCCUUCAUGUAUAGAAUGUACAGCAGGGCAUAAAUCAGGCCUUCAUUUAGGAUAUAGUCCCAGUAAUACAUUCCACCUAGAUUACAUACACUAGUUAUUUUGUGGAAGGAUGUAAGUACAACUAUUGUACUAUAGAUUUGAAUCGCUCGUUAAAAGUUACCAUUCGUACGCUAUUGAUAAGAGUCCAUUCAUUUUUAUUUAUUUAUUCUACUUUUCUUGUGUAGGACAGUGUUUUGAAGAAUUAAGGGUUUACGAUGGAAGUUCCCGUGUGGUAGGAGGAACCGACGCAAUUAAAAAUUCUUGGCCAUGGCAGGUUAGUGAUGAUCAAUGAAAACGUUUUAAAAUUAAUAAAAACUAAAUUAAAUAAAUUAACUAAUAACUAAAUAAAAAUAAAAAAGCUCAACAACUUGUGCUAUUAAAAUAGAUUAGAGCUUUGCAUGCUGCUUGCACCAUGUAACACCUUGAAAAUAUUUCUUUAAGGAGUAAAAUAAAAGUGUAGAAAAAUAUAGAAAAAUAUUAUGGGAACAUGCUAGGAGACAUAUAUAGGAAGUAUAGGAAUGAAAUGACAAACUUCAAUAUUAAUAUAUUGGACCAUUUUAUUUAUAUUGUGUCUUGUAUUGUAAAAAUCAUACAAUCUUACCAAGAUUUCAGUAAGACUUUUGACACUGUUGCACAUAGAAGGCUUAUCAAUAAACGGCAAUCUUUAAGUUUGGAUUCCAAUAUUGUUAUAUGGGUUAGACAGUGGCUGAAUGACAGUCAACAGAGGGUUGUAGUCAAUGGAGUAUAUUCGAAACAAGGUCUUGUUACCAGUGGGGUCCUUCAGGGAUCUGUACUUGGACCCAUUCUCUUUUAUAAUUUUAUUAGUGAUAUUGAAGAAUGUUUCUGUGGUAAGGUAAGUCUUUUUGCUCAUGAUACUAAGAUAUGUAACAGGGUUGAUGUUCCAGGAGGGAUAAGCCAAAUGGCAAAUUAUUUAGGUAAACUAGAAAAAUGGUAAGAGUUGUGGCAGCUGACAUUUAAUGUGGAUAAGUGCAAGAUAAUGCAUCUUGGACGUAAAAACCCAGGGUCAAAGUACAGAAUAUUUGAUAAAGUUCUAAUCUCAACAUCUGAGGAAAGGGAUUUAGGGAUGAUUAUUUCAAAUGACUUAAAGGUAGGCAGACAGUGUAAUAGUGCAACAGGAAAUGCUAGUAGAAUGCUUGGUUGUAUAGGGAGAGGUAUUAGCAGUAGAAAGAGGGAAGUGCUCGUGCCAUUGAACAGAACACUGGUGAGAUCUCGCUUGGAGUAGUGUACGCAGUACUGGAGACUGUAUUUCCAGAAGGAAAUUGAUACUUUGGAGAGAGUUCAGAGAAGGACUACUAAACUGGAUAAAAUUUACAGGACAAAACUUGCAAGGAAAGGUUAAAGAUUUUAACAUGUAUUGCUUGGAGGAAAGAUGAGACGGGGGAUUUGAUAGAAACAUUUAAAUACAUAAAGGGAAUCAACACAGUAAAGGAGGAGACUAUAUUGAAAAGAAGAAAAACUAUCACAACAAGAGAACAUAGUCUUAAAUUAGAGGAGCAAAGGUUUAAAAAUAAUAUCAGGAAGUAUUACUUUACUGAGAGGGUAGUGGAUGCAUGGAAUAGCAUUUCAGCUGAAGUGGUAGAGGUUAACACAGUAAAGGAGUUUAAGCAUGCGUGGGAUAGGCAUAAGGCUAUCCUAGAUAUAAGAUAAAGCCAGGGACUAAUAAGAGUUUUUAGAAAAUUGGGCAGACUAGAUGGACCGAAUGGUUCUUAUCUGCUGUCACAUUCCAUGUUUCUAUGUUUAUCUUUCACUGUAAUUGGUUCCAGGCAGAUUUAUUACAACGUUUCGAUCUAUACAGGUCUUUAUCAAGCUUGAAUAAUAAUAAAUCUGCCUGGAACCAAUUACAGUGAGUGCCUGAGAUCUUUCUCAUUACUACGUAUUUUUUGGGAGUUUGCUGACCCUUGCUCAGUAGCACCCUGUGUUGGUAUAUUGCGACUGAGUGCGACCCUACCUUUUGUCUUCUAUGUUUAUCUUUAUCUCAUGCAUUGCCAUUGUUGGAGGGAGGGUCUUUACCCACCAAACACUUUCUCUCUACUAUCCUCCCCACAUGUUCCUCCAAAUCUCUUUUUAAUUUCAUCCUGACUUAAUGUGAUUAAGUUAAUACUGUGUACUUGGCAAUAUAGUGUGAGAAAUUAAAAGGUGACUACUAUGGACUGCAAACGUUACUAUUUCAAGUGCUAUCACAUACCUGAUACGAUAAAAUGUAAACUUCUCUAACCUUUAUUCUGUCCCGUGUUGCACUUUUCUUUAAUCUUAAAAAACUGUCUCUAAAUAGAGAUGGUAAAAAUAUUGAACUAAUUUAAACACAUUACUAUUUAGUAAUGAAAGCUAAUGUUUGGUAUUCUGGUUGUUAGAUUUCCUGUGAUCAGUGGCAGAACUAAUGUAGGAAGAGCCCUGGUUCAAGAAUUUUUUUUGGCCCCUCUCUAGCACAAGGAGGCCAAAACAGAGAUCUCCACCUGUCAUACAACUCCCACUAUGUUAUGCCUGCCAUUUGCCCAUCCUUGCAGCUUUGUACUUGUGAGCGUUUGAAUGUAAUCAUGUUUUUGUAUGGAGAAUGUGUGUGUGCAUGUAUUGAUGUAUUUGUAUGUACCAUUGCCAUUGGAAUGCAGUGGUGUACUUCUAUGUAGUGUUUGCAUUUGAUUGCGAGGGUGUGUUUGCUUGUCAUGUUGGAGUUUGAUUGCUGGGAUGUAUGCACAUAUACGCAUGCAGAGCCAAAUACAUACAUAUUUACACAGAUACAUAUACACACAUAGAUACACACACAGAUAUACAUAGUGACCCACAGUUACACAUAUCUAAACACACCGACACACACAUAGAUACACUUACACUAAGAUACACCACUCACACAGAUACACACAUUCACACUAUAAUACACACAUAUACUGACAUAUUCACACACAAUACAUAUAAUUGUUAUAUUUUUAGCAUUAGUCACCCUUCUGUUAGCAUAACUUUUAUGUGCAGGAGGGUGGCUUGCUUGGGUUCUGCUCAGUGGUGGUGCUAAUGUAGAGAGAGCUCUGGUGCAAGAAAGUUUUUUGGGCCCUCCUCUACUGCAAGAGUGGCCAAAAGGUAGACCACAUCCGUCGUACAACACCAACAAUGCUAUGCCAGUUGGGGAUCUACCAUUUGCCCAUCUGUGCAGAGUUGUAUUUGCAUUCAGUGUUUGUGCAUUUGAAUGUAAGCAUGUUUUUGUAUAGAGUAUAUGUGUGCAUGUAGAGGUGUAUUUGUAUGUAAUGUUAUCAUUGGAAUGCAGUGUUGUACUUGUGUGUAGUAUUUGUAUUUGAAUGCAGGGUUGUGAUUGUAUGCAGAAAUGGAUUUUAAAUGCAGGUGUGCUUUUGUGUGUAGUAUUGGUGCUUGAAGGGGAGCUUAUAUAUAAUUGUAGUAUUUUUAUACAGGGGUGUGUUUUGUGUAAUGUUUGUGUUUCCUUGCAGUUGUGUGUUUGUAUUUAAUGUUGGUUUUUAAAUGCGGAUGUGCAUUAGUGUGUAGUAUUGGUGUUUGAAUGAACAGGUGUGUUUGCAUAUAAUUUUGGAGUUUGAAUGCGGCAGUGUUUCUGUAUGUACUAUUUGUGUAUGAUUGCAUGGAUCCUGUGCACGAGAGGCAAAGAAAACAGAAAUAUGGUAACCGAGAGGUAGAAAUAAUAGGAAUGCAAAAGAGACAUCCCAAAAAACUCUCAUGGGAAUGACAAACAAGUGGUUCACAUUAUCUGUAGUCUCAAAUUGCAAGAUAUGUGAUAAGAUAUAGCAAGGAAAGCCCUGGACUAAACCCAGAGACUGAUUAUUUUGGUAGUAGACUUUGAAUAAUCUACGAAAGAGAGCUUGUGUUUAAAGGGAACUGCAGGCUACACUUGCUGAAGUUCCAACAUUUGUCCUUUUUUCUAAAUAAAGCUUCACACAAAAUAACAAAUCUUUUCAAGACGCUUAUUCUAUUAUUUUCCAUAGAUUUCGCUACAGGUUCUCUCUGGUGGAGUUUGGUACCAUAUUUGUGGCGGAACCUUGAUCCGUUCUAAUUGGGUCUUGACAGCUGCUCACUGUGUCGACAGGUAACAGUUGCUGGAGAGUGAAUUAAAAUGUUUUUUUUUAAUGUGUUCAAAAGAACAGAAGAUACAUAUUAUAACUUAAUGUUGUAUGUAAAAAAAUAUUUAUAUAAAAAGGUUCCACUCCUAAGUGCAGUAAGUGAACUACCUUGUAAGGAGUCCAUAGGUCCCCAUGUAACCACAAGGGACUGUAAUGAUUCACAGAAAAUGUAAUCCCUAGUGAUCACCUAAUAAUCAAAGACGUGGAUUAAUUACCACCCAGUAACGUAUUUUGUUACAUCAAAUUUGAUGCUUUAAUGUUUAUAUUUGACAUUAAUUGCACUGUAUAAAUAAGUAGAGGACACUGCUAAGUAGAAUGUCUUUUUGCAAAACUAGAGAUUUGAAAAUCAGUAAUUUGAAGUGCUCAUGGUGCUUUCCAUCUGUAUGUGCAGUGUUUUCCUUUGAAACUGCUGGAGGCAAAAAAAAAAUGCCUGAGUUAUUACCAUGUGAUAUAUAUAUAUAUAUAUAUAUACACAUUAACAUGUUGGAGUGCUCAGUAAAUGGUUUAGGUACUCGUGACAUCUGUAACCACUUCACUCUGACAUAAUGAUACAUCUUUAACCACGUCGCCAUGACUACAUUAAACUUUAAAAACACUCUAGCUUUCCUUUCUAAAAUUUCUGGUAAAGCAAUCAUUAAUGAUCACUGGAAUGUCACAUUUAAUUUGAUGUAUGCAAAUAUUACGUUUUAGGUCAUAUGAUAUUGAUUUUUUUUAAACUGGUCUUUUUAGGUGUUUUUCUUCAGCUUUUACAUCUUCAUUAAACAUGUAAUGUUUCACUUUCACUCAAAUGCAGUUAUGAUACUUAUCGUGUGUCAUUGGGAGAUCAUAACAUUUAUGAAUCCGAACCAACUCGUCAGGUUAUCUCUGUGGAUAAAGUAAUAUCUCAUGCCCAGUGGAACACCAAUGAUGUAUCAGCUGGGUAAGCAAUGGGUUAAAUGAAGUGGGAGAAAUUGCGGCUCACCAUGACAAUGAGUAAUGCAGCUAAAAUGCAGAUCACCUUUGAUAUUGAUUAUCCAGUGACUAUGGUUUGUUUGUGUAAGUCAUCUACUGUAAAAAAAAAAAAAAAAAAUUUAAAUCUACAAAUCUGUGGUUUGCAGAACAUUAACAUACAUUGUAUUUUUCUAGAUAUGAUGUUGCUGUUAUUCGCUUGGCCACCAACGCCAUCCUGAACAAUGCAGUUCAACUCGCUCAAUUACCUGAGUCUAAUGUUAUCCUUGCAAACAACCAUCCUUGCACUGUUACUGGAUGGGGUUAUACCAGCAGUAAGUUCUAUUAUUGGAGGCAUAUCUAAUUCUGAAUCUUUUAAAAAGUUCUAAUCAUGAUUACAAUAAAACGUAAUACCUCCCACUGGUGUAACAAAAUCCUCGCACUUGGCAUUAAAGGGUCAUUAUAGUCACCCAGACCACUUCAGCUCAAUGAAGUGGUCUGGGUGCCAGGUCCCUCUAGGGCUAACCUUGCCUGCUGUAGACAUAGAAGUUUCAGAAAAACUGCUAUGUUUACAUUUGGGCUUAAGCCAGCCUCUAGUGGCUGUCUUCCGGACAGCCACUAGAGGCGCAUCUGCAACGCUGGAGGCAUUUAAUGCCUCCAUCACGCAGAGCGUCCAUAGGAAAGCACUAAAUAAUUUUUAAUUGGUAAUUUAUAGUACCACUGUAUUUUACUUUGUAUUUAGGUUCAUUGUAUUGCCCCGGUACAGACACAUUUCAUAUCCUUUCAGGAAAUACAGAAACCAGAUCACAAAAGCUCUUCUGUUCUUCUGUAAUCCUCUCCAUUCUCCACUCUUUGCAACUAAGGGGAUAAUUCACUAAAGUCCAAAUGGCCCUGUAGCGAAUGGGGGUGGAGCCUGUUAAAUAACACUGUGAAUAGACCCACCCCCCCCAUGAUCCCAUCCAUUUGGGAGAUCACUGUCCAACUCCCUCCCACCACCCAUGGAAAGCAGAUGGGGCUAUUUAAUAAAAGAAAAAGGGGGAACAUCCUAAAGUCUCCUUUGCCUGCACCCGUAGUCAGCUGGUUGUGGGUUAUUCUGAUAUAAGUGUUCCUCUGAUCCUUACCCAUUGGCAGCAGGUGGAGGUCCUAAUUAUAAUAUUUAGGGGGAAAAACCUAGUGUCCUCCCCAGAUCCCACCCAUGGGAGGCUGGGGGUUCUAAAUAAUUAAAUAAUGGAGGGUGGAGAUAUCAUUGUCCAAGAUUGCUAGGGGUCCUCAAUCCCCUAGCUACUCAGCCAUUAAAGUUAAAUAACCUCAUCUAACCCCCAACCCUGAUAAUACUAAGCGGGGAAAUAAAACUAAUAAGUGUAAAAGAAAAAAAUAUCUCCCGUCUUCUAACUCUUAUUUUCUUUAGCCACAAAAAUGAGGCCAAAUUAAAAUCCAUAAUUCUCGAAGCAAUAAAAUAAAAAAUGUAUUUUUUUUUAAAUUAUUUGCAAAAAAACAACAACAACUUCUAAAACACAAAAUAAUAUAAAUAAACCAUCUUCAUUCAAAGAGGGCACACUACAGGCUGAGCUCUCAUAGCAGAGGUACUUAUGUUUUGUCAGCUGUUACAAUUGCAAUAGCUGCCAGAGCACUCUGAGAGACAAGAAACCUUAGAUCCUCCCCCCUAAAUAUUAUAUUUAUGGCCCCCGCCUGCCACUAAACUGUUACUUAUUGCAAAUUCACCACAGAAUGACAAGUAGACAGAUAUAAUAAAUGGAAAAAAAAUAUCGAUUCAGCUUUGCUUCCAUCUUAUCAAUUACCUGGUAAAUUCAAUAUCAAUUCUCGGUGUUGUGAAUAAUCUUAUUGAUGUUAUUUAUCUGAGCUUUUACCUAUGUGCCGCAGACCAUAUAAGCACUGGGAAAAAAAACUUUGUAAGACAUGACUUGCACAUGUAAUGUAUUACAUUAGAUGAAUAGCUAACUUCUCUUUUAACUAGCAAAUGGAGCAGUGGCAGCAGUUCUUCAAGAGGCUCCUCUACCAGUGGUGGACCAUAAAACAUGCUCUGGCAUUUUGUACUGGGGUUCAACCGUUAAGACUUCCAUGGUGUGCGCUGGAGGAAAUGGAGCUCAAUCAGGGUGUUUUGUAAGUUCUUAUGACCUAUUGUACACUACACUACCUAAACCUAAAUAGUCAUAUUCCUUCUGCUAUUUUCUUGGGUCUCACUGAAUUGAGUAUGCACAUAUUGUUGGUGGGACGCCAGGAAGAUGCAUACAAUAGACAACAGCCUUUUAUUCCUCAAUAAAAUGGACAUACCCAUGAUCAAUCAGAAUAAUCUAAUUUAGUCAUGUUGCAGAAUGUAUUGUAAAAUGCUAUAUUACAAUAGAAGAAUUUUUCUCUGAGCUAAACUUAGCUAAAGUAAAGAAGUAGUCACUGAGAUAAUACCAUGUAGGUAAUUUGGGCACCCCUAAAAAAAGAUUAAGACCAAUGAUAUAACCACAUAGCUUAGCGACUUUCAGAAUUUUCACAAUCAUACAACUCAUAGCAGACUUAAUUAAAUGGCUAAAAUGCUUUAAUAUACAUAACUUUUUUUUACUGAUCAUUUGCAUAAGAAGCAUCAUUAUCAAAGUAUUUUUUGUUACAAUGCUCCUGAAAAAUGUCAGCAAGACAGGGGUGGAAAUAUGUUAAGGCUUUUAUUUUUAAUUUGUUUAGAAGAGGUUUUUAAAUCAAUAUUUUUGCUCAUUUGCAUUUACAAAGUGAGAUUGUUAUGUGUUAUUGAUCAUCUGCAUGAUCAUGGUAACACUUACUAGUUUAAAUGUUACUGAAUUUACAAACUGGGGUGAAAUCUGGUGCAUUUUUAAAAAAAAAUGUGUAUUAAAUUCAGUGUUAUAAAUCAGUUGUGCUGAAAUUCAUAUUGAAACUGAUGUUUAGUGUUGCACUAUUGAAACAAUUAAAAAAAAAUAUUUCUCUAGUUAAAUGAAUUGCAAAAACAUUAAUUGCUCUUUUGUUUGCACCAGUUUUAGAAAUUUAAUUAACUUCUGCCAUUUCUAAAAUGAAAACAAUGUACAGUAGCGCUGUGUAAAUAUCUCAUGUUUGCAGUGAAACGUUCUACCGGUUUGAGGCAAAUGUUACAUUCCAGGAUACGUCCAGCACAAAAACUAGCCUCAACAGUAAAUGUAAUUUGAAACCCAGAUACAUAUUAAAUUGAGCUUAUAUCAUGCUUUGAAUGAAUGACUGACUGACUGAAUAAAUGUUUUUUUGUUUUAAUUAAAUAUCUUCAAAGAUUAUCUUCUCUUUGCAGCUCUCGUUUGUUGCAAUAUUGAUUCAAUAUUCAAAGUAAUAUUUUAUAUAUUAACUAAUUAUAUUCCAACUUGCUCUUUAUUAAGGGUAGUAGAUUUAGAUUGCAAACGUAAAUCUAAAAACCUUCCUCGUUCCUUUCUCUUAUUGAAGCUGUGGAAUAUGUUGUGGCUAUAUAAAUACUAUUACUAAUAAUAAUAGAUAGUUCAGUUGGAUCAUUUACCAACUGGGCUACUUUUUAAUUACCCCUUAGGAAAGGCAAAAAUGUCUAAAAUUUUUUUGACAUAUCACUCUUUUCAAGAAUGUAUGCAUUAUUGUCUCAAUUAGUUAUAUUUUGUUUUUGUUUCUAACAACAUAGGGAGAUUCUGGAGGUCCUCUUAACUGUCUAGUCAAUGGAGGCUAUGAAGUCCAUGGUGUAACCAGUUUUGUUUCUUCUCGUGGAUGCAAUGCCAUACGCAAACCCACUGUGUUUACCAGAGUCUCAGCUUACACUAGCUGGAUUAAUGAUGUAAGUUUUCUCCCAAUAUGUAUAUAUAUUUAUUUUUCAAAUUUUUAAACUUUUUAUAGGUUUCAAGUUUUUCCUUUCUCGACUCAGUAGAAAUGUUUGUUGGCAAAUAGAUAUUUUCUUCUCUGUUAGAAUGUGUCUUGGACUUCUUUCUUUUCCCUCGAUGUUUGUUGCCUUAAUUUACUGUAUUUUCCCAAUUGUUGUUUAUUUUAUUAAUGAUGGCGUCACCAGUAGUGUAAAUCCAGUGUCGCCAAGUAAGAUGUUACAUGAAUGAGCUAACAAGGGUUUUAUUCUGUCUUUCAGAAUAUUAAUGCGAACUCUUAA